CUGUGUGCUCUUUGUGACUCAAGAGCUGCCCACACUUCCAGCACCUCCUCCCUGGGGGCUGUUUGUAGAGGACGAGAGUCAGUUAUAAAGAGACGGGCUGGACUGGCGAAGGCAGGAGCGGCACAGGGCGCAAAGGACCAGCCUCCACCUCGCCUGCCCAUCGCCUGUAUCCUGACCACCAUGGGGAAGGGCCGGACCCUUGUGGGACCCAGCUUCUUUCUCCUGCUGCUGUUCCUCCUUCCUGGGGACACCUCGGCGUCUGCCACAGAACCGUAAGCUGCUUGCUGGAGGGGUUAUCCCACCACACACACACACACACACACACACACACUUCCUUGCUUUCUGCAAAGUCCACCUCUGCCUCUAUCCCCCAGAGAGCAACUCUCUUAAAUCCCCAUGCACAGCUUUGCAAAGGCAGAAGGUAGGGAGGCCAACAGCAGGGGGUGCUAGAGCCAGCACUUACCUGAUGCCUGAAUGCUGGUUUUGCUGCAACUUACAGAGAGGGGAAGGGGCAAGGCAGUGGGGAGGUCAGCACAGUGUGGGCGCCCCGGCAGGAGCAUUGGAGUAGCAGCAAGGAGGUUGGCGCAGUGCGGACACACCUGCAGAAGCAUUGGAGUAGCUCCAUGGGCGUGUAUGCUCUCUGCCAACCUCCCCACUGCAUCACCCAUCCCUCUGCGUAAGUGGCAGUAAUACAGGCACCUAUAAAAAUAGCACUGGCUCUUCCUAUAGCUAGAUAGAAAGGUAAAGGGACCCCUGAACAUUAGGUCCAGUCGUGGCCGACCCUGGGGUUGCGGCCUUCAUCUUGCUUUACUGGCCGAGGGAGCCGGCGUACAGCUUCCGGGUCAUGUGGCCAGCAUGACUAAGCCGCUUCUGGCGAACCAGAGCAGCGCACGGAAACGCCGUUUACCUUCUCGUCAGAGCGGUACCUAUUUAUCUACUUGCACUUUGACAUGCUUUCGAACUGCUAGGUUGGCAGGAGCAGGGACCGAGCAACGGGAGCUCACCCCGUUACGGGGAUUAGAACCGCCAACCUUCUGAUUGGCAAGUCCUAGGCUCUGUGGUUUAACCCACAGCGCCACCCACAUCCCACUAUAGCUAGAUAGUCAUAGUGUGACGCGGGUGGCGCUGUGGGUUAAACCACAGAGCCUAGGGCUUGCCGAUAGCUAGAUAGUCAUGGGGGAAAGCAUCAAUUGGAGGAAUUCCACCAAAGCUUUUGAUGGGCCAUAACUAUAGUUGGGGCUUUUUUUCAGCCAGAACUUGCUGGAACUCAGUUCCGGCAAACUCUCAAGUGGGCCCUAUUGCCAUUCUAAGAUAACAAGGGAGGCGUUUAUGGUGACUUCCAGCACCUCUUUUUCUAGAAAAAUUAGCCCUGGCUGUAAUUAUGAAACACAAACAAAGAGCCCCAGCGUCCUCCUCACCUCCCGGUCCCCCUGACCUUUCCUGCCCACCUCCUCCCAGGCAAUACUUGGUUCUGGUGCCCUACUUGAUCCACACAGAGACGCCCGAGAAGAUCUGUAUCCAGCUGAACCACCUGAAUGAAUCAGUGAUGUUGAGCAUCACUCUGGAGCACGGAGGGCAGAACAGGACCCUGCUCACUGACUUGGUGAACAAGAAGGAUAUGUUCGGGUGCUUCCCAUUCCAGGUGAGAAUUUAUUGCUUGCCAUUUUGCUCUAUGCUCACAUUGCAGCAGGCACCCUCAUGCCAGCCGCUAUGGUGCUCAUAUUCACGACUGCUGGUUCCUCUGCUGCCACGAGAGGAGCACUGGGCCAUGCUGCGCUGGGGGGGGGGCACCUGCAUGGGGGUUGAAGUGUAGGUGGAUUCCCAUGAGGCAAGACACAGUGAUAACAGCAAGAACUAACAGAACGGGACAACAGGGGCAAAGCAACUGCCUAUAUACAUUUCCGAAGGCCUGGGUCACUCCUACUCUCAACGUGAUUGACUGUCUAAAGCUCCAAGCUGUGAAUCAUGACUCAGAGUUUAAGGGCCAAUGGCGGAGGCCCAAAUCCUGAAAUGUUCUGUGAUUGAAUACCAUGUAUCGAAUCAGAACGCAGGGGCUCAUAAUCCUUCGUCCAGACUCAAGCUCAGGCAAACACAGACCACUGAAUACAUAAUAGGGGUGCCUGCUUCAAACCCCCUCAAAAAUUCACACCUGACGCCAUGGCCCCUCUAGCACCUCCUCUUCGAAAAAGAUGCACAAAACACAUCAAAAUGCAGUAUUUCCUAUAUUAAGAAAAGGAUAGGUGUGGAUUAAGAAUGUCACGUGUACACACGGCUUUCCAAACCAGCAGUGGGAGCCCCCUAGAUUCCAGGCAAAUGACAGUCUAUACACAGACCAAGCCUGCUCCUCUAUUCCUUUUCCUUCCUCCUCCAGGUUCCCAAAUUGAGCGGUUCUUCUAGCUCCACAGAGGCAUUCCUCACAGUGGAGGUAAAAGGGGAUACGCUGCGCUUCAAGAGCUGGAAAGCUGUGCUGGUCAAAGACCUGGACACCCUGCUCUUCAUCCAGACAGACAAGCCCAUCUACAAGCCAGGGGAGACUGGUAAGUGAGAGGCUGGGGUUACGGGAAGGGAGAACCACUAGAUAAAUACCACAUCCCCUUUGUAAACAAGGCUCUCUACAGACCAUGUUCAGCCUGCGAACGAGAAGAUGGAGAGAGGUGAUAUGAUAGCCAUCUUCAAAUACCUGAAGGGCUGUCGUCACAUGGAAGGGAGAGCAAUCUUGCUUUCUGCUGCUGUUUCAGAGGGGUAGGGUGGAAACCAACGGGUUCAAAAUACAAGAAAGGAGAGUCUGGGGGAAAAACCAGGGACAACUUUCUGUCGGCAAGAAACACUCAACAGUGGAAUAGACUCUCUCAGAAGGUGGAGGACAGAAGUCUGUCCAUAGUUUGGACAGAACUGAGUAUACAUUACGUCUGGGAAAUGAGCCCAGUGGUGUAGCGUGGGGGCUGUGGCUCCAGGUGCAAUUUUGUGAGGGGGUGCAAACAGGCGCCCCCACAGCAGGCUCCCUCUUUGGGGCCUAGAUCCAUGCAAGAAGGGACUGUGCCUAGGCUGUGGCACUUGUGCCAGGCCGCAGCUCUGCCUCUGGGGUCCGGCCAGAUCCAGUGGCAGAGAGCAAGAGAGUGUGCCGCCCACCUUCCUCAGCUGCGAGGUUCCUUGCGCCCGACUGCAGCAGCUCCGUCGGAGGGUCAGGCCUGACCUGGUGGUGGAGAGCAGGAGGAAUGUGGGCAGCAGUUUCCCUGCUCCUCUUCUCCCCUGGACUGUAGCGCGCUGGAGGGGUGCCCUCCGUGCCCCUUGGGGGUGUGCCCUGCAUGCCAACCCCGGACAGCACAGACAUAUGCUCCGCUGCUGAAAUGAGCCACAAUUUGUGUCCUGGGUAUGCCUAGGCGAUGUAUUGACACAUUGCCCAGGACCUGCUUGGGGGCCAGAGCAUGACAGCGGCUUCACCUGGCAGUAUAUUGUUGGUGGGGCUUACCUGACCUGACUCCAGUGCCCAGUGGGAGGGACAAGCUGCCUCGGCCCCAGCCCCACAAGGGGCUGAGGCAGCUUGUUCCUCCCUACACUUUUCAACAUCAUGAUGCAUUACCAUAUAGGGAGCGGGUGGCACUGUGGUCUAAACCACAGAGCCUCUUGGGCUUGCCAAUCAGAAGGUCGGCGGUUCGAAUCCUCAUGGUGGUGUGAGCUCCCGUUGCUCUAUCCCAGCUCCUGCCAACCUAGCAGUUCGAAAGCAUGCCAGUGCAAGUAGAUAAAUAAGUACCACUCUGGCGAGAAGGUAAAUGGUGUUUCCAUGCACUCUGGUUUCCAUCACGGUGUUCCGUUGUGCCAGAAGCAGUUUAGUCAUGCUGGACACAUGAGCUGGAAAGCUGUCUGUAGACAAACGCUGGCUCCCUUGGCCUGAAAGCGAGAUGAACAUCACAACCCCAUAGUCACCUUUGACUGGACUUAACUAGCCCUGGACUCUUUAGAUUUGUCUGCCCAUGCACAGAGCCAGUGUGGUGUAGUGGUUAAGAGCGGUAGACUUGUAAUCUGGUGAACCGGGUUCGCGUCUCCGCUCCUCCACAUGCAGCUGGGUGACCUUGCGCCAGUCACACUUCUUUGAAGUCUCUCAGCCCCACUCACCUCACAGAGUGUUUGUUGUGGGAGAGGAAGGGAAAGGAGAAUGUUAGCCACUUUGAGACUCCUUCGGGUAGUGAUAAAGCAGGAUAUCAAAUCCAAACUCUUCUUCUUCUAUCUGAAACCCAAGGGGGUGCAUUGGUUGCCAGAUGUGAAAUAAAUCAGCAUGAUUUUCAGUUCUUGUAGCAGCUCUACGUGGACACACCAGAGACUGAGCAUGUCCUCUUCCAUUGAAUACUCUGUGCUUGCAAGGGGCAACAGAAUGGGGCUUCAAAGGGCACUUACCAGAUUAUCACUACAUUGGGGUUUGAAUUGCACACCAGCAAGUUCAAGUUAUGUAAUUAUAGUUGAUUGGGAAGUCUUGCAUAAGAAACCUGCUUCCUCAAAAGGUCUCACUUUGAUGUCAUCUGUUCUCCCUACAAACCAAUCAGAACAAAUGCACAUUAAGCAGGUUGUAUGGGAACCCAUGAAGAAUGGGCCCGUUUUGUAUUUGUGUUGAGUGAUGCCUGCUAUUUGGGGAUUCCUUUUAUAUACAUAUUUAUCUGCACGUAGAGCACCCAUGCUACAAAUCAGCCACAAGCCAUCAGGACAGAACUGCAAUCGAACAUGCUUUUUUUAAAAAAAUCUUAUUUCCUUUCCAGUUCAAUUUCGUGUUGCCACCCUGGAUGAAAGUUUCCGACCUGUUACUGAAAAAGUGAGUUUUUCUCAGUGCCAAAGUAUUAUAUGCAGACGGGUGAUCAGAGGGUAAUACCCAUUUAUUUAAUUAUUUAAUGUUAAUUAAAGCAUCAGUUCAGACCAAAAAAAGUACCACUAGGACACUUGAUGCUAGGAGCUAAAUCCUGUACUAACAUAACUCUGGAGCUAAAUUCUAAAGGUAGAAACUCUGUUUUUUAAAAACCAAACCAAACCAAACCAAACCAGUUUUCAGCUCUGUGGAAGGAGUAAAAAGAAAAGCCCACUAAAUUUUAGUUCCACACAGUACAGAUCUGGUUAAUGGAAGAGUCAGUUUAGAUUUUAUUUUUUUAAAAUAAAGAUGGGCUUCUUCUUUUUUCAAAAAGUUCAUUUUGAAUAUCAAUCUUCCUAGGUUAAAAAGGUUUGGUGGUGGUUUUUUAUGGUGAAAAGUGACUCAGCUGAAAGUUUCAGCUUUCAGUUGAAAACCAGCUUAAAAAAACUGAUCCAGUUUAGCAAAGUGAGAGUAUAAGAGGGAAAACAGUUAAAGUCGCAAACCAGCUUUGCUGCCUCCUUAAUAUCACUGAAUAGCUGGCCAGCAGAGCUUUUCUCUGUGCUGAGGGGACUGCCGACACCUGUCCCUGAAAACAGGCUGUUGGAACGAUUAGGCACCUGUCGUGACACGUUUGUCAGGCAAUUUGAGGAAAAGCUCCCUCAUCUUCAUGUUGAGUGGAAUGCUGCCAUUAUUGCAGCGGCAGGUGAAGUAUUUGACAUGCUACCUUGCCAAUCCUGCAGAAUUGGUUUCAGUCAAAGAGGCCUGAGGAGGUGGACAAGAAUGGUCCCUGUUUUACUUGUUAGAAUUGCUGCUUCAUUUGCUUUUAUAUAGUUGUUUUACUGGAUUUCGGUUUCAUUAAAAAAAAAAAAGUUUCAAAAUAAGAUUUGCAAAUGCAAUAAACAAAACAUUGAACUAAAAUACAUCAUAAAAGCAACCAUAACGGAAAGAGGAGUAAAAAGGCAUCAUUAUCAUCAUCAUCAAGCUUCAAAAAGAAUGAAUAGUGUGAUGAAUGAAUGUUGGGAUACAACAUUCAUAUUUAUACAAAAUAUAUCAGGUAUUCAUAAGUGUUGCCAGAUAAAAUUGUAUUGAGUAGGAACAUGCCAAACACAAGAUUGUUUGGUCAUAUGAAUCGCAAACAGCCUCAAAACAGGUGCAAAGUCUGAGGGGGCCACAUCGCCCCUGCCAGCAUCUUAUUCUAUGGGUCAAUUUUUCAGAGAUGGGAAUAAACUCAAUUUUUUCAAACCAUAAGUUCCAAGAGUGAAAAAGAUGAGUUCUUCUAUCCUUGAGAGAGCAUUAGGUGAGUGGGGACCAGCAGAUAUCAAAUUAAUAGUUGACGGAGUUUUCUUCUUUUUCUUUAAUGGAUAUUGCUUCCAUGUUGUCCAUAGUAUACACCACCAGGGUCCUCCCCCCUCCAUAUUAAGCUGUUUAGAAAAGCUUUAAAAGGAAUAAAUAAGCAUAAAAUACUGCUGGGGAGGUUGUGGGGUGGGAUUUGCCUUUGAGGUAGUUUCUCAUUCAUUGUCAUCUUUGAUUUCUCUCCCCCUUCUACCUUUUGCUUCCACAGAUCCCAUUGAUUUACCUCCAGGUAAGUGGCCAGUUCAUCUUCACCUCUCAUCAUAGUAACCUAUAGCUAGUUUGGGGGCGGGGAAACAACAUGCAAAGCAGAAUGCAGCUAUCCUUUGACGUUCGCAUUUAUCUGAAUUUUGCGAUGAAGUUCUCCAGCCGAUGUUACCUUGGAUAAUCUCAGGCAAAUAUUUGCUACAAACAGAAAAAAGGGGGUUUAGCUAUUAACUGUGGCUACAGUCAUCCAACUACCUGUCAGCAGGUUCUGUUUAACUCAACAGGGCUUGCUUUAGAGUUAAACAACUAUGUGUCUUUUUGUCAACACCUGAGGUAAAGGGACCCCUGACCAUUAGGUCCAGUUGUGGCCGACUCGGGUUGCGGCGCUCAUCUUGCUUUAUUGGCCAAGGGAGCCGGCGUACAGCUUCCGGGCCAUGUGGCCAGCAUGACUAAGCCGCUUCUGGUGAACCAGAGCAGCACAAGGAAACGCCAUUUACCUUCCUGCCAGAGUGGUACCUAUUUAUCUACUUGCACUUUGACAUGCUUUUGAACUGCUAGGUUGGCAGGAGCAGGGACUGAGCAACGGGAGCUCACCCUGUCACGGGGAUUUGAACCGCCGACCUUCUGAUCAGCAAGUCCUAGGCUCUGUGGUUUAACCCACAGCGCCACCCCUGUCAACACCUGAAGGCAGCUUUUAAUGUUUGAGGCAUUCCCCCCAGCCCCCCCCUCUGUAUUUUGUCAGAAGCUGCCCAGAGUGGCUAGGGUAAACCGGUCAGAUGGGUGGGGUUCAAGAACUGUUGCUGUUGUUGUUGUUUAGAGUAAAGAUGCUUAGGAGGUUGUGCUGAAUGUAAAAAGGACAUGAAGAAGGAUUUAUCUUCUCCCUGGCCCCCUUGCAAAAAUAAAAAUCUAUUAAUCAGCUCGUUUUAAAAUAAAGAAAAGUCAGGUUCUGGAAAGAACCAACUCAGCUGAAAACUAGCUUAGCCCCAUUGCUUUGGGUUCGAGAUCCUCUGGAAGGAGAGGAGAGGAGAGAACUGCACACAUUAUCUGCAAUUUCUUUAAAUCAGUAUAACCCAGGCAUAGGCAAGCUCAGCCCUCCAGAUGUUUUGGAACUACAACUCCCAUCAUCCCUAGCCAACAGAACAAGUGGUCAGGGAUGAUGGGAGUUGUAGUCCCAAAACAUCUGGAGGGCCGAGUUUGCCUAUGCCUGGUAUAUCCUAUAACACAUCCAGCUUCCAGACUUGGUAGGUGGUCUUGUUGUAACUUGUCCUGGCAAAGGGCAGGUAAGAAAUGAUGGUGAUGAUGGGGUGAUGAGGAGGAGUCUAGCUUCAGCAGGCUGUGAGGUUCUCUUUGCCUGCCUGCCUCCCCUUCUCCCAGCCCCUCAGGAGUGAAUUUGUUUGCAUGGUUCCUCAAACAAACCCUCUGUCUGUUGAAAUUGCUGGUUAAUUGUCAACGAAGCCCCUCUUUGGAGGGUUUGAAGUAGGGCUGUGUGCAAGCCUGUUGAUCUGCCCCCAAUUUGCAGCCCCUGGAUCAGGCCAAUGCUCCCUGGGGCUAGAAAACUCCCCUUCUGGGCUGACAGAGCAGCUCUGGGAUCCUAGGAGCCAACUCCACGCCCAAUAAAAUAUUUGAGGGGGCUGGGCUCCCCAAAGUUGAUAGGCAUUCAAAUGGUGUUCGUGUGGCAUGUCUUCUGAUCAGUUAUGUGGGGCAGAGCUUACCUGGGCCUCCCCAAUAUUUAUGCAUUGGCACCCCUUUCUGAGCUGCUACAGAAUCCCUACUGCAAAUAUAGUAGCAGCAGACCCUCCAAAUGUCCCUAUUUUCCAGGGACAGCCCUCAUUUAGAGAAGCCGUCCCAGUUUCUGAUUUCAUCCUGGAAUGUCCCGCUUUUCCUUAGGACGUCUCUCUUUUCAUUAGAGAAAUGUUGGGGGUUAUGGAGUUAUCCUACCCCCGAGCUAUAUAAAGACAAUCCUGUAUAGGGUAGUUUCUUAAAUGUUUAAUGUUUUAUUAUUUUUUUAAAUAUAUGUUGGAAGUUGCCCAGAGUGGCUGGGGCAACCCAGUAAGAUUUGCGGGGUAUAAAUAGUAAAAAUUAUCAUUAUGGAAUGGGACACCCCUAUUUUCAUCAGAGAAAUGUUGGAGGGUAUGUAGCAGGUGUUUGACCACCUGUGAUCCUGAAUGCUGGUGGCAUCUCAUAGCUUAUGUACUGAACUGUUGACCCCAAUACUCCCCUUUCAUGCCUAUUGCGUGGUUCUAGGGCUCUGGAGACAGGGACCUUGUGUGGUCCCUGCUGCAGAAAUAGCAAUUGCUUUCCAACUCACCUACCCCAGAUCAUUACACCACUGGAUAUGUCCCAGCCUUGUCCUCUUCUGGAGCCAGAAACAGCAGUCCCUCCUUUUAACCUGUGUGAUUCCCUCCACCCUUAACUUUCUUGUGACUUCCAGGAUCCCAAGAACAACCGCUUGAUGCAGUGGACCGAAGUGGAGCUGAAAGGGGGCCUGGUUCAGCUCUCCUUCCCUCUCGGCUCUGAGCCCCCCCAAGGCACCUACAGACUGAAGGUGCAGAAAGUCACCAAUGCAUGGGAGGAGAGAGGCUUUGAAGUGUCGGAAUAUGGUGAGGAGGAUGGAAAGGUCCCAAUUGGGCACCCAGGACGCUGAGCAGAAGGGGGUAGGGGUUCGUGAUGUAUCUAUCCCUUCAUUUAUUUUUCCUGCUGCCUUGUGGAGUUUGCACCUAACAGGGGCAAAUAAUAAUGAGAAGUGAGGUCACAGGGAACCAGGCAGAGGGCCUUCUCGGUGGUGGCGCCCGCCCUGUGGAACACCCUCCCAUCAGAUGUCAAGGAAAUAAGCAACUAUCUGACUUUUUGAAGACAUCUGAAGGCAGCCCUGUUUAGGGAAGUUUUUAAUGUUUGAUGUUUUGUUGUGUUUUUAAUAUUCUGUUGGGAGCCUCCCAGAGUGGCUGGGGAAACUCAGCCAGAUGGGCAGGGUAAUAAUAAUAAUAAUAAUAAUAAUAAUAAUACAGUGGAGGAACAGGCGACAGACUGUUUUGGAAUCUUAGAGAGGUGAGGUUUGCAAGUCCAGCGAAAGCUUUCCUUCACCUCCCCUCUUCUUUCCCCUUCUGUAGUAUUGCCCAAAUACGAAGUUGUGGUGAAGGCACCUGAGGUCAUCACGAUUCUGGCCGAGGAACUGGAAGUGACUGUUUGUGGAGUGUAAGUGGGACUUCUCGGUGGGACGAGGGUGUUGUUGUUGUUGUUGUUUAGUCGUUUAGUUGUGUCCGACUCUUCGUGACCCCAUGGACCAGAGCACGCCAGGCACUCCUGUCUUCCACUGCCUCCCGCAGUUUGGUCAGACUCAUGUUUGUAGCUUUGAGAACACUGUCCAACCAUCUCAUCCUCUGUCAUCCCCUUCUCCUUGUGCCCUCCAUCUUUCCCAACAUCAGGGUCUUUUCCAGGGAGUCUUCUCUUCACAUGAGGUGGCCAAAGUCUUGGAGCCUCAGCUUCAGGAUCUGUCCUUCCAGUGAGCACUCAGGGCUGAUUUCCUUAAGAAUGGAUAGGUUUGAUCUUCUUGCAGUCCAUGGGACUCUCAAGAGUCUCCUCCAGCACCAUAAUUCAAAAGCAUCAAUUAUUCGGCGAUCAGCCUUCUUUAUGGUCCAACUCUCACUUCCGUACAUCACUACUGGGAAAACCAUAGCUUUAACUAUAUGGACCUUUGCUGGCAAGAUGAUGUCUCUACUUUUUAAGAUGGUGUCUAGGUUUGCCAUCACCUUUCUCCCAAGGAGCAGGCGUCUUUUAAUUUCGUGACUGCUGUCACCAUCUGCAGUGAUGAGGGUGGUGGUUCCCAAAGUGAGCAGUACAGCCCCCCGGAGGGUGGUGGGAUCACGGAGAUCCUUGGAGGCAACGGGGUGGGGAUGGUGGUGGUGGGUGCUGCAGGUGGUGAGCCAGGACUCCUGCUAAGUGACUUUAAACCAGAAGUUGGGAAACUGGCAUCACUUCAAGUCCAUCCAUCACAUUCAGAAUUUACUUCAUUGUGGUUACUAAAUGUGGUAUCUGUCAGGAGCUCACCCUACACUCGAGGAGGACCCUGGCAGAGACACAUGCCAGACAGGCAUGUUCCCUCCCUCCUGGUCGAUCGUUCAGGAGCUUCAAAAGCUUUCUUCUGCCCGAACAUCACAGCGACCGAUGCCAACCGACACCGGCACACUUAGGGAUCUGCAGAGUUUGCGCACCUUGCGUGACAGACCUCAGCAACUCAGCAUUUGGGCUAAUCUACUUUAUUUACAUAUAAACACACACGGAGCACUGCAACAUGGCUCCCUCUCUCUCUAGCAUCAGACAGCAAAGAGAAAAAGAACAAAGGACAAUAGUCCCACUUCACGGAAGACAAUAACACAAACAUCCUGUCUCCGUCACUUCCCAACAUAUACCGUCAUGUGAAAGACAACAAUCCCAUGACUGCAAUCAUGGAGCAGGAAUUCUAACAGUAUCUAAGACCCUUUCUCUACCACAGACCCUGGAGAGAAGCUGCUACAAGUCAGAGUAGACAAUAUUGGUCUAGAGGGAUGGAAAGUCCUAUCUAGUACAUAUUCUCCUGUGUUCCUGUGAAAACUUCUUCACCAAACUCCGGACAAUAAGCACCCACGAAAAAUAUACAUAUAAAGAUUUUUUUUUAAAAAAAGGCAGUCUUGUCAAUGUUCCCUAUAUCUCUGUAUCCCUUCUGAGGGCUUCACCACACUAACUUUCAAACAACCAGGGCCGUCUUUAGCAUAUGUGGCACCGGGGUGCAAAAAGCUGCCCAGCACCCGGGUGCCCCACACCCCUAGUGCCUAUGGGUAAGCUGACCCGGCACACAACUCUGUGUUGGAGCAGUUUUUCUUACACCCCAGAGUUCCCCCCAGAAAAACCUGCUCUUUAAAGCUGAAAUGCAACAAAUCUGGAUUUUCUGUGGUUUGCCAUUUGCUCUGAUUCAGCGGUAGAGAGUGGGUUUUCACGGGGAAAGCGCUGGAGAAAAAAAUAACCCCCAAAAUGAGCACUCAGAGAUUUAAAGCAUAGAUCCUGCCUGCAAAGCACGGAGGAAAAGUAAGUGUAAAUAAGCCCUUGAUCAAUGCUAUCUAUGACUGUUUCUGUCUCCAGGUACACCUAUGGGAUGCCCGUUCCUGGACAGGUGAAGAUACGCGUUUGCCGGAAAUACAACGAUGCCGCAAACCGACGGUACAGCGGUUACACAAGCUCAUGUUCCUGGGCAGAGCUGGGGGGUGUAUGUGAAGAGUUCAGUGGAGAGGUGAGUCUCCAAAAUAAAACUUAGGCUCAAUACAGAUUUACUUUCUUAGCUGGGAAGGGUUGCAGCUCAGUAGAAGAACAUCUCCUUUGUACGCAGGAGGUCUCAGGUCUGAUUCUCAGCAUCCCCAGUUAGGGCUGGGAGUUAAAGGAAGCUAAAGGAAGACUUGGACAGCCAAAGCCUUCUCAGUGGUGACAACCUGCUGGACUUUCAGUCCUGCAGCUCCAGCCAUCUGGACUAAGUUACCAGUUGAAAUUAGACAGCUACCCAUCAUCAUGCCAUUCGGGCAGCUAUUUCACCCCCCCCCCAAACAACAGCAACAACAAGUCUUCUCCUGGAGUGAGAGUCCACCAUUCUACAUAUAGCAUAUAGAUGACCUUUGGGGUCCAUUCCAGCUCUUCACUUCUAUGAUUCCAUGUUCUUUGAAUUCUAUCCAGUGGUGCCUCGCAAGACGAAAAGAAUCCGUUCCGCGAGUCUCUUCGUCUUGCGGGUUUUUCGUCUUGCGAAGCAAGCCCAUUAGCGGUUUAGCGGAUUAGCGCUACAGUAUUAGCGGCUUAGCGGGCUUAGCGGAUCAGCUGAUAAGCGGCUUAGCGAUCAGCUGUUAAGCGGCUUAGCCGAUCAGCUGAUAAACGGUUUAGCGGCUUGGGGAAAAGGGGGGGGAAAGGAAAAAAACCCCGCAGGAACUCGCAAGACAUUUUCGUCUUGCGAAGCAAGCACAUAGGAAAUUCGUUUUGCGAAGCACCUCCAAAACGGAAAACCCUUUCGUCUAGCGGGUUUUCCGUCUUGCGAGGCAUUCGUCUUGCGGGGCACCACUGUAAAUGGCUUUGUUGUUGUUGUUUUUGUUGUUUUUUAAUUUGGGAUGAUGUUGUUUAUUUAUUUAAAUGACUUUUACAGCUUGUUUUCGCCCCACAAAAACCUCAGAAGUGGCUUGCUCAAAAAUAAAAUUCACUAAUAAAAAUAACUAUAGUAUUUAAAAUAUAAAACACAGCAGCAUUAAUACCAACAUUUAAAAAUAAUAAUUACACAGUGCUCUCUGAAACAAAAUAAAAAGGGGGUGGGGAAGGAGAGAGACUUUCAGCAUCUAUCUAAAGAUGGGAAGGGAAAGAUUUGGAUAAAUUUCCCAGAGAAAAUUCCAGAGUUAUAGUGCCACUGUCAAGCAGGCUCUGUUGCUAGGACCCAUCUAUCAAAUAUCUGCUAACAACAGGCUAGAGAGCAGGUCCUCUGAUGCCAAGCUGGAGACCCAGGCAGGUUCAUAUAUUUCAAGGUGGUCCUUUAAAAAAUCUGGUUCUGGGUCAUUAAAGGCUUUAAAGGCUUGCAGCAGCCAGUUGGCUUGGGUAGGUCUGGGUUGCAGAAGUAGACCCAGAAUGUGUUUCUGUCGUGAUUCAGACAUGGGUAGGGCUGGAAUUCAGAGUCAGCUUUGUUCUUUUUGGAAUUUGUAAAGAUGGUUUUAUUGUUCAGUUGUUUCCAGAGUUUGAAACACUGGCAUGGUUUGCAGAGCUUACGUUCUUGUGUUUUAUCCCACUGUUAUCUCGUAAACAGCUUCAGCGGCUUCUAGCUAUGGUUUAUAAUUUUGUUUAAUAGUAGUAUAGCAAUAAUAACACUAGGACAGGAAAAAAAGAAAGAAAUUGUCGUUGUCGUUGUUAACAACCUUGCAAAUCUUUGGCUUCCCAAAUAGGCAGAUGCAAACGGCUGCUUCUCUCAGGUGGUGAAAACGAAAGUUUUUCAGAUGAAGAGGGAUUCGUCUGAGAUGAAACUUGAAGUGGAGGGCAAGAUCAUUGAGGAAGGCACCGGUGGGUUUUGUGGAACAGAAGGGCUGGGUGUGCUGAUCAGAACCAGGUUGGGGGCAGCGUGGCCACAGAAAGUCCAUGUUGGGGCAUGUGCAGAGUGCCUAUUCAACACAACAGCAGGUUGUGCUGACCAGUGGCUGAACAUUCACUUUCCAUUCAGAAGGACCAGGUUCAGCAGCCAGCCUCGGACAGCUUUUUUCCAAUCAUUGAGGGCUGGUUAGAGAAUCCUUUCUGGAAGUCUGGAGAGCCUCUUCCAGUCAGUGUAGAGUCUGACUCAGCGCAAGGCAGCUUGCGUGGCAAGUCCCGCCUCCCCCCUUGGAAAAUAAAGACACAGGACACAGAAAAGGCCACAACUUUAUUGAUUGCAGGAAAUGAGCAGUAUUGGCUCAGGCAUUGGUCCUAUCGACUAACCGGCUUCAGCCUGAUUGCAUGAAGGCCGGCAAGGGUUAAUCGCCAUUAGGGGGAGUCCUGCUGAUGUACAUCAACUAGGAGCUCCCCCGGGGUCACCGCUCGGGGGCAUGCUUUAGGCCCACACCUCCAUAGGCUUCGGACAGGGCAACACCCCCCGGAAUCCUUUACCGGACUACCCUUCGCUUUGGGGGAAGGUGAUGGCGCUUCCUUCCCCCCUCUCCUUUGCAUAACAAUACCCCUACCAAUGCCUAACCGCCAAUGCCAAGAAAGUUGUGGCGAUUUGCUACGAGGUAGGCGAAAAACCAAAUGGCUGGUGCCAAUUUGCCAAGUGGAAAAAAUUCCUAUCAGGCCCCUUGAUGGUGACCAACCGAAGUCCAUAGCAAUGUCAGAGAGCCAAACCUAAGGGUGGGUGCGGUGGGAAACCGGAGCAGCUGGAACGAAGAAGAGAGGGAAAUCCUCGGCCGCGCCAGCCCUAAAUAGCCCGGGCCACGCCUCCCUGGCCAGCCGAUUGGCUGGACAGGGAGAUGAUGCGCCCGAGGAUUCCCUCAUUCUCACGGGGCCUGUGAGUCAGCCCCUGCAUGCGUGGGGAGGGCGUGGGCCUGUAACCCCACCUCCUCUCCAGCUCGGAAGUGGCUUUCCUACAUUCCUGUUUAAAUAGAGGGCCAUAGCUCAGGGUUAGAGCAUUCGCCUCGCAUGCGAAAAGAUCGCCAGCUCAACAUCUCCAGGCAGAGCUGGGAAAUGUCCCUGUCCAGAAGCACUGCUACCAGCCAGUGUUGACAAAACUGGGCUUGAUGGACCGUGAAUCUGACUUAUUGUAUUUUUUUAUUUUUCGAAACAGAAAUUUAUCUAUUUGAUUUUCCAUAUUAAAAUUUACAUUCACACCACAACCGAUUAUAUAAAAAGCAAGAUUCCCAAGAAUCUCCUGGACUUCCCUCCUCCCCUUUGUGGAUCUCAUUGUUAAACUUUUCCUACUGCAUCUUUUAUAACAGUCCAGAUUUUUAUAUCUCCAUUAUAUCCAUUGUUGUCAUUACAUUACAAGUGUUAUUGCAAUCCCGCUAAUGGUUUUAGCUGUUUGCAAUGGUUUUUAAGAUAAAUUAUAAAUUUUCCCCAUUCCUUAUUAAAAUUUUGGACUUCCUGAUUUCUGAUUUUUCCAUUUCAGCCUAGUCCAUCAACUUGAUCUGCCAUUCUCUUGCGUGGCAAGUCCCCCCCCCCCAAGUGGAAAUAAAGACAUAUGACACAAAUAUUAAGGUUAAUGGGCUAAAUAAGGCCACAACUUUAUUGGUUACAGGUGAUGAGUGGUAUUGGCUUAGGCAUUGGUCCUAACCAACUAUAUCCGACUUCAGCCCGUCCGCUUAAAGGCCGGGAAGGGUUAACCACCAGUAGGGGGAGUCCUGCUGAUGCACAUCAACUAGGAACUCCCCCGGGGUCACCACUCGGGGGCGUGCCUUAGGCCCUCGCCUCCAUAGGCUUCGGUCAGGGCCACGCCCCCCAGAAUCCUUUAUCGGACUACCCUUCAAUAUGCGGGGCAGGUGAUGGCGCUUCCUCCCCUCUUCCAUCUACAGAACAAUACCAAUGCCUAACCGCCAAUACCAAGAAAGUUGUGGUUUGCUAUGAGGUAGGCGAAAACCAAGUGGCUGGUGCCAAAUUGCCAAGUGGAAAAAUUCCUACCAGGCCCCACAACGGUGACUAACCGAAGCCCAUAGCAAGGUCAAGGAACGAAAACCUUAUAGGGCGGGAGGGUGGGAAAAACUAGAACAGCUGGCAGGCGGCAAAGAGGGAGAUCCUCAGCCGCGUCCUGCCUUAAAUAGGGCAGGCCAUGCCCCCAGAGCCUGCCGAUUGGCUGGCCAGGGGAUGACACUGCCGGGAAUCCCCCAAUUGCACGAGGCUAGGCCCGCAACUCCACCUCCUUCGAAGGGCGGAAGUGGCUUUCUGGUAAGGAUUUUGUCUUCUUUCCAUCUCUGGGCAAAUAGCAUCCACACAGCUGUCAUGACAUACAUAAACAGUCUUUUCUGUUCCCUUGGAAUCUCAGCACCUAAAAGAAAAGCUUCUGGCUUUUUUGUAAAUGAAUCUGGCUUAUUGUAAGGCACCUCCCCACCUCUCCCACUAAAUUUGUUGUUUCAUUUUUCGCAGGGGUGGAACUGACCGGAAAUGCUUUCUCCACAAUUACUGCAACUCUCAGCACAGUUACCUUUGAAAAGGUGGACACUUACUACAAGCCUGGUAUCCCACUUUUUGGGCAGGUAUUAUUAUUAUUAUUAUUAUUAUUAUUAUUAUUAUUAAUCAAUAAAUUAAAUUGGUAUACUACCCUAUACCCAUAGAUCUCAGGAUGGUUCACAAGAUAAAAUAGCAAUAUAAAAACCAUAAAAUGCAUAAUAAAACUAAAGACAACCCAAUAAUCCCCCUGUACAAUGGAAUUUAAUGGAAAAUGCAACUUAAGCUAUUCUGAAAUAAGACACUGCAGUGCUCUCAAUUUAUUUGCCAAUGUAGUUCCCUGUCUGAAAUAAAAGUCUUUGCUGUGUAUUGGCUUCUGCCCACCCAGGCGAAGCUCGUGGACGGUGCCAGUGUUCCGAUGGCCAACAAAACCGUUGAGAUCCGUGUUGAUCAAUCAGGACACAGAAUCAACUACACAACUGACCACCAGGGGAUUUUCCAGUUUUCCGUCAACACGACCAGCCUCACGGAUAGUUCUAUCAGGAUCCAGGUAAGUGUUCCUGGGGACUGGAGGGGAAACAAGGGAGAGCUUUCACAUUAACCAAGCCUGAUGAGGAACAACUGAGGGAGUCUGGCAUGUUUAGCCUGGAGAAGAGGAGACCAAGUGGAGAUGAAAUAGCCAUCUUCAGAUAUCUGAAGGACCAUCGGCACAUGGAAGAUGGAGCCAGUUUGUUUGCUGCUGCUGCUCCAGAGGGUAGUUAGAAAGGAGAUUCUGGCUAAACAUUAGGAAGAAGGAUAAGAGCUGUUUGGCAGUGGAAGAGAGGACCCUGGAAUGUGGUGGACUUCCCUUCCUUGGAGGUUUUUAAGCAGAGAUCGGAUGGUCACCUCUGCUGAUCUCUUUAGAAUCUUCGGGCAUGAUUUAUCUUUUAAUCUGCUUCUUUGUUGAUUUUAAUUGUUUUCUUCCAAUGUUUUUAAAUAGGUGGUUUUGAUUUUAUUUUAUUUUUACUGUUGAUUUCAUUAUUUUAUUCUUUUGCUAAACUGUUUUGAGUGUGGGUUUUGUUUUGUUUUUUUACAGUCAAGCGGUAUGUGAAUUGUAUGAAAUAAAGAAAAUUAUUACUGUCGUACCUCGGUUGUCGAAUGGAAUCCGUUCCGGAAAUCCAUCCGACUUCCGAAAACAUUUGACAACCAAGAUGCGGCUUCUGAUUGGCUGCAGGAGCUUCCUGCAGCCAAUUGGAAGCCACAUUGGACAUUUGGCUUCCAAAGAACGUUCACAACCCGGAACACUCGCUUCCGGGUUUGCGGUGUUCAGGAGCCAAAACAUUCGACUCACAAGACGUUUGGGAUCCAACUACGACUGUAUUGCAUUUUGUUGUACGCUAACGUCAUUGAGGCAUCCGUGCCUUUCCACUCCCCUCUUUUUGUUUUUGUUUUUAAACCAGGCAAUUUAUAAUUCAGGCUUGGUGUGCCAUGAAUGGGGCUGGCUCAGUCCCCAUCACCAGAGCGCCUCUCAUUCAGCCUCGCGCUUUUAUUCACCAAGCGAAAGCUACCUCCACAUUGAGCCCGUUCCUGGGACUUUAAGCUGCGGUCAUACUCAGCCAGUCCGAGUUCAUUACAGCCUGAAGCCUGGGCUGGUGGAAGAUAAGAAGAUUCACUUUCACUACCUGGUAAGCCCAGAUGGAGAGAUCUUUGUUUCAGUGCCUUGGGCUAGAACAGUGAAGGACCACCCAGGGGGCUGACUCUUAGGUCGUACAGCAGGGAAGGACCUCUGCCAUUGACCAGUGCCAUCGCUGUGUGUUGGUUGCUGCACGUGCAAAUAGGUCAGAGAGGAAGCUGGGCAUUGGUCUGAUAACUGUUGAUAAGACGGGGCUAGGUGGCUUGGAGCUGAAACGAUCGAUAUUAUAGCAGCCAUAUUUGCCAUAUACAUAUGAAGUCCCUGACAUUGUCAGGUGGGGCACUAUGGGCAACUUCUGAGAUUUGGUUCGCCUCUGCCAGGGGCUGAACCUAAGGGUGGCAGAGACUAGGGCUGCCAUACUUCCAAAAUUUCCCAGACCCAGCUGGGAUUUAGGCCCCGUAAACAGUGUCUGGGUGGGAAAUUGCUGAAAUGUCUGGGAAAAUCCAGACGCAUAGCAACUCAUGUCGGAAGUAUAGAUUUUGGCAAAUUUCGUUAAAAAUAGCUCAAAACUAAUUUUUGGCCAAAAAAGCUCGACGACAUGCCUGGAUUUUCACUUUUUGAACUAUGUCCUGGUAAAGCCCUUGCCAAGAGAGGUUCUGCUUUCUUUCAGACAUCCUUUAAAAAAAUGCAUUGUUCAAGCAAGCCCUUAGAACGUGAGGUGUUUCUUCUUCUACCAGUUAGCUUCUGUCAAAGCUUUUACAGUUCUUAUCCUACUACUACUGUGUUCCUUGUGCUGUACCUCACCUUACUAUAUUGCCUAUGGAAAAUACAUAUUCCCAGAGUGUUUUUAGCAAUCAAGCCCUCUUCCCAGAGAACUCUGAGGAUUGUAUCUCUGUGACGAGAAUGGGGCUUUAUCUUAAUAGCUUGCAGCAUGUGUAGAACCACGAGUUUUGUUAGGGGGGCAGGCCUUUCUUUGGGGGGCGGCAGAACCUCAGCUAGUUGUUUUAUAUUGACUUUUAUUGAUUUUUUUGGGGGGCAGUUGCCCCUCCCUGGCCCGCCAUUGGCUAUGCUCAUGGAUUUCAGCACCCUUAACAAACCAGUUUCCAGAAUUCUUCAGGGGAAGCCACGGCUGUUUAAAGUGGUAUGAAAACUGCUUUAAAGGUAAAGUGCAGAUGGGGUCUCUUGUAAAACACAACAGAGAGAUCCUGGAGAAGGGCAUGCUCCUAGUGGGGCCUGCUCUAGUUAUCUCUCGCUUGGACUACUGCAAUGUGCUCUAUGUGGGGCUACCUUUGAAGGUGACCCAGAAUUACAACGAAGCCAGAAUGCAGCAGCUAGACUGGUGACUGGGAGCGGCUGCCGAGACCAUAUAACACCGGUCCUGAAAGACCUACAUUGGCUCCCAGUACAUUUCCAAGCACAAUUCAAAGUGUUGGUGUUGACCUUGAAAGCCCUAAAUGGCCUUGGCCCAGUAUACCUGAAGGAGCGUGUCCACCUCCAUCGUCCAGCCCGGACACUGAGGUCCACCUCCAAGGGCCUUCCACUAGACAGAGGGCCUUCUCGGUAGUGGCGCCCGCCCUGUGGAAUGCCCUCCCAUCAGAUGUCAAGGAAAUAAAACAAGUAUCUGACUUCUAGAAGACAUCUGAAGGCAGCCCUGUUUAGGGAAGUUUUUAAUGUUUGAUGUUUUGUCGUGUUUUUAAUAUUCUGUUGGGAGCCACCCAGAGUGGCUGGGGAGACCCGGCCAAAUGGGCAGGGUAUAAGUCAUCAUAAAUUAUUAUUUGCGUGGCGAGUUCCCGACCCCUCCCCAGUGGAUAUAAAGACACAUAGCACAAUUACAGUGGUGCCUCGCAAGACGAAAAGAAUCCGUUCCGCGAGUCUCUUCGUCUUGCGGGUUUUUUCGUCUUGCGAAGCAAGCCCAUUAGAGGUUUAGCGGCUUAGCGCUACAGUAUUAGCGGCUUAGCCGGCUAAAGAUCAGCUGAUAAGCGGCUUAGCAUCAGCUGUUAAGCGGCUAAAGAUCAGCUGAUAAGCGGCUUAGCCAUCAGCUGAUAAGCGGUUUAGCGGCUUGGGAAAAGGGGGAAGGAAAAAACCCCGCAGGAACUCGCAAGACAUUUUCGUCUUGCGAAGCAAGCACAUAGGAAAUUCGUUUUGCGAAGCACCUCCAAAACGGAAAACCCUUUCGUCUAGCGGGUUUUCCGUCUUGCGAGGCAUUCGUCUUGCGGGGCACCACUGUAUUAAGGUUAAUGUGCUAAAUAAGGCCACAACUUUAUUUGUUACAGCAGGAACAGCUGGCAGGCGGGGAAAGAGGGAGAUCCCUGGCCGGCCGCGUCCCCAGAGCCAGCCGAUUGGCUGGCCAGAGUGUGAUGCAGCCGGGAAUCCCCCCAAUCGUGCGGGGCUGUGAAGCCCGCGACCCCACCUCCUUUGUAGGGCGGAAGUGGCUCCUUCUUCUUCUUCUUCUUCUUCUUCUUCUUCUUCUUCUUCUUCUUCUUCAUUGCAGUUAAUCCUGUUAAUCAAGGGAGGCUGGUCCAUUAGAGCAAAAAGGGCACAAGCCCACCAACCUCAGCCAGACCCCAUCUACCUACUUUCUUCCUUAGAACCAGUCCAGGGCUUGUCACUGCUUGUCGCCUUCCUUCUACUUAGUUUAAGUGUUGCCCUUAGUCACAGCAUGGCUAAGUACAGGACAGAUUUAUAACCAGCAGGUUCCAUCUGCCAUUGCCUCUGUCGCCCCCUACUGUUGGGCUCCCCACGUUCCACCCUGCCAGUUGCAAGGGCCACCAGCCACCAUUGCCGUUGGUGCAGGAGUCGCUAACGUAUCAGUGCCGCUAGACAUUCGCCUCUUCCGCCCUCAUCAGGGGUCUUCCUCUUUCCUUGCAGGUGAUGGCUAAAGGGGGCAUCGUACAUUCGGGGAUCCAUGUUCAGCCUGUGGAACAUAGGGAAGGUAAAUGCCACCUCCUUUCCAUUUCUCUACUUGAAUGCCAACCUGGUGGGAGUCAGCCACAUGUCCCACCUGGAAUGGUUUUGCUUCUUCUUCUUCUGUCUGUUUUUAAAAAUGCGCAUUGUGUUGUUGUAACCCCCACACCCCUCUCGGGCCUCAUGAGGGAGGCCAGGUAAGAAAUCUUACAAAUCAAUAAAUGGUGAAGAUUUGACGUUUUCUCACCCCCGCAAACAGUUUUUAUCUGGGCUUCCACUGAAAUGAGGCUGCAUUUUAAGUUGUACUUUAAUCCUGUUUUUAAGUUGUAUUUUAAUCAAUUGUUUUUAUACCUGAUGUUAGCCGCCCUGAGCCCGGUCUUGGCUGGGGAGGGCGUGGUUUCUUACCCCCAUCACCAGAAGUUUAAAGGUUUUAAUUUAUUCCACGGAACCAACUUAGCAUCAAUAUUACACUCGAAUAUUACUGCCAUUUGUUUGUUUUGCCAUAUAUGCAUUAUUGUACUAAUACUGGUUAUUGCUGUUUAAUCUGGCAUGCAAGACAGUAAAGGUAAAGGUAAAGGGACCCCUGACCAUUAGGUCCAGUCAUGACCGACUCUGAGGUUGCGGCGCUUAUCUUGCUUUAUUGGCCGAGGGAGCUGGCGUACAGCUUCUGGGUCAUUUGGCCAGCAUGACAAAGCCGCUUCUGGCGAACCAGAGCAGCACACGGAAAUGCCAUUUACCUUCCUGCUGGAGCGGUACCUGUUUAUCUACUUGCACUUUGACGUGCUUUCGAACUGCUAGGUUGGCAGGAGCAGGGACCGAACAAUGGGAGCUCACCCCGUCAUGGGGAUUCGAACUGCCGACCUUCUGAUCGGCAAGUCCUAGGCUCUGUGGUUUAACCCACAGCGCCACCCGCGUCCCUUUAUGCAAGACAGUAGUCAUAGGUAAUGAAGUAUUUUGCAUAUUGAAGUGCAAGGGGAGGUUAUUGGGUUGUUUUUAUUUUGAUUAUGUAUUUUGUGGUUUUAUAUUCUUAUUUUAUACUGUGAACCGCCCUGAGACCUGCAGGUAUAGGGUAGUAUAUAAAUUUAAUUAAAAGAAGAAGAAGAAGAAGAAGAAGAAGAAGAAGAAGAAGAUGGGCCAGUGGUCCAUCUUGUCCAGCAUCUUAUUCUCACAGUGGCCAACCAGAGGACAGUUAUGGGAAGCCCACAAACAGGAUUUGAACUCAAGACCCCUCUCCCCUCCUGCUGCUUCCAGCUACUAGCAUUCAGGAGCAUCACUGCCUCGUUACAAGAAAAUAACAUUCUAUGCAAAUGCCCUCCAGAGUGUUGCUAGAGUUAUGAGUGCCACAUGGAACUGAGGGCUUUUGACUUCUGGUUCUCAUGCCGACUCCUUCAAUAUUUCCUCAGUUUUAUCCUCGUUGGUUGUCUUGAGAGCUGAAGCUCGGGCAAAGAGACCACAUUGGAAUUAAUUCUCAUAACCCCUCUCUCUCCUCUGCCUGCUUUUGUGAUUCUCUGCUUACCAGCCAAAGGGGUAUUUUCUCUGGACCUCCCUGUGGACGCAGACAUUGCUCCCUUGGCCCGCUUGCUUCUGUACACAGUCUUGCCCAGCGGAGAACUUGUUGCUCACUCGGCAGACUUCCCUGUUGAGAACUGCUUCAGAAACAAGGUAAGGCUGUGGGGACUCUCUGAGGCCUGUUGGUUUCUGUUUCCCUCACUGAGCAGCUGCUGCAAGUCACAGGACUAUGUUUAUCAUUCCACAGUCCAGAUACUGUUGGAUUCCCACGGGAAAGGGAGACGGGAUGUGACGUUUCCUGUUUCCUUUGUACUGUCGGUUCUUUGUUGGAGUUGCUCUCUGCUUCUCCCAGAGACAAGAUGUAUAUUUGUAUGCUCUCUGCAUAGAGUAGUAAUAAAGUUUAGCAAUGUAGCCAUACCUGCCUCAUCCUUUCCUUGCGGACUCUGGGUGUUUAUACUCUGCUGGGCUCAAGCCAUGAUGAGCCGUAUCAGCUCGGAGGCCAAUAGCUAGUUCGUUCUCCAGGACAUCACCGAAGAUGUCAUUUUGUUCACCCAAUAGAGCAUCACCUUUACUGGUUGGACCAGUAAAUAUCAGCUCAUUGGCAAUGGCAGAGGGCAACCCAAUGAAACAAAACAAAAACAAAGAGGGAUGAUUUCAUGCUGUUGUGUACAUGAACAAAUUCAACAAAGGCUUUUUUUAUGUGUCCAGGUGGAAUUGUGGUUCACUGAGCCCAAAGGACUCCCUGGCAGCCAAACUCGACUCGUUCUUGCAUCCGCCAAAGACUCCCUCUGUGGCAUCCAUGCUGUUGAUAAGAGUGUCUAUCUCUUAAAACCCGAAGCUGAGCUCUCCCCUCGGACUGUGAGUCUCGAGCUGCCUUUAAAACUGUCUUCAGGUAGAACAUUUCCAGAGCUGUUUUCUCUCCUGCUCCACCAUCACCCAUACUGCCUCUUUGGUGCCAUUCUUGCUACUAUCAUUACUAUUGAGAGCCAGUUGGUGUAGUGGUUAAGAGCGGUAGACUUGUAAUCUGGUGAACCGGGUUCGCGUCUCCGCUCCUCCACAUGCAGCUGUUGGGUGACCUUGGGCCAGUCACACUUCUUUGAAGUCUCUCAGCCCCACUGACCUCACAGAGUGUUUGUUGUGGGGGAGGAAGGGAAAGGAGAAUGUUAGCCGCUUUGAGACUCCUUAGGGUAGUGAUAAAGCGGGAUAUCAAAUCCAAACUCUUCUUCUUCUUAUAAUAAUAAUUAUUUCAAUUCAUUACUCAUCCUUCUUCUUAAGGUCCCAGGGAGGGCUACAACAAUUUAAACACAUAUUUGAUAUUAAAACAAUAUACAGUGGUGCCUCGGUUUUUUGAACGUCUCCGCUGACAAACGUUUUGGAACUCAAAAGCUGUAAACCCAGAAGUAAAUGCUUCCGUUUUCGAACGCACCUCAGAAGUCGAACUUCUGAGGUGGCUUCCUGUUUGAGUUUUCCAUACGUUUUGAGGCUUCCAUAUUUCAAACAUUUCGGAAGUCGAACGGUCUUCUCGAACAGAUUACGUUCAAAAACCAAGGCGCCACCGUAUUGCACAAUAUUUUUAAAAGGUUAAAACAACUUAAAAUUACAAAAGAAAAUAAGGUAGCAGAGGCAGAAACAUCUGGAAAGCCAAACAAACUUUGGAGAAACAAGCAAUGGUUGGUUUGGUCAAAUGUGGAACAGCCUGUGGUUAACUUGUGGUUUGUUAAACACACCAUGGCAUCAGUUCAAACCAGGCCAAUAUAAGUCAGGCAGUUUGAACACCCUAAGGUGCUCUUGUACAUACCUUACCUGGGAGUAAGUCCCAAUGAACUUAGUGUGACUGAAAUCUGAAUAGACGUGUCCAAGAUUGCACUGUAGGUUCCAUAUAAAAAGGCUAAGCAUUAUUCUGAUUAUAAGAUGAGCUGAGGAUGAGGGAUGAGUAGAACCGAAGAGCAUUUCCACUUUUGAAAAUGUGUGGGAGAACAUGGAGCAGACCUAUUUCCCUGUGCCAAAAGUCAGCAAUAGAUGGUGGCACCUGGAAUCAAUUUGGCAAUAGUGUAGAAUUAUGUAUCUACACAAUUUGGCAAUUAGUGUAGAAUUUUCCCCUCCCCUCCCUAGAUAGGACAAGUGCUGGGUAUAAAGGACUGGGGGAUGACCACCAGUAUCAGAAGUAUCGAAGCAUUUUGGGUCGUGCUGAAUUGUGACUACUUCAUUUUCAGAUUUAUGACUUGCUUCCUGUGAAGAACCUCAAAGGCUAUCCACAUGAUAACCCUCAUUUGAACGAAAUGACCACUCGUCCCUGUGUGACAAGGAAAGCAAUUAUUGUGGAUGGCAUCCGCUACAACCCUGAUUCUUAUACUUACGGUGAAGGGGACGCCUAUGAAAUUCUCAAGGUGAGCACUAAAGGUCACUGAAAUACAGUGGUACCUCGGUUUCUGAUCGUCUCCGUUGACAAACGUUUCGGAAUUUGAACGCCGAAACAUCACCUUGCCGACAAAAGUCCGUAUAGUUAAAGCUAUAGUUUUCCAAGCAGUGAUGUAUGGAAGUGAGAGCUGAACCAUAAAGAAGGCUGAUCGCCAAAGAAUGGAUGCUUUUGAAUUAUGGUGCUGGAGGAGACUCUUGAGAGUCCCAUGGACUGCAAGAAGAUCAAACCUCUCCAUUCUUAAGGAAAUCAGCCCUGAGUGCUCACUGGAAGGACAGAUCGUGAAGCUGAGGCUCCAAUACUUUGGCCACCUCAUGAGAAGAGAAGACUCCCUGGAAAAGACCCUGAUGUUGGGAAAGAUGGAGGGCACAAGGAGAAGGGGACGACAGAGGACAAGAUGGUUGGACAGUGAUGUCGAAGCUACCAGCAUGAGUCUGACCAAACUGCGGGAGACUGUGGAAGACAGGAGUGCCUGGUGUGCUCUGGUCCAUGGGGUCACGAAGAGUCGGACACGACUAAACAACAACAACAAUGUAUUGCCACUUCUGGGGUUGGGUUUUUUUCUAUUCAAAACAUUUCAAUGACUGUGGCAAAGCACUGGACUUUCUAGCUAGCUAGAAAGAGAGAAGGAGUGAGUCAGAAUUCCACCUCACUACCAUGCCUCUGAGGGACGUGGGUGGCGCUGUGGGUUGAACCACAGAGCCUAGGGCUUGCUGAUCAGAAGGUUGGCGGUUCGAAUCCCCGCAAUGGGGUGAGCUCCUGUUGCUCGGUCCCUGCUCCUGCCUACCUAGCAGUUCAAAAGCACGUCAAAGUGCAAGUAGAUAAAUAGGUACCGCUCUGGUGGAAAGGUAAGCAGUGUUUCCGUGCGCAGCUCUGGUUCACCAGAAUCGGAUUAGUCAUGCUGGCCACAUGACCCGGAAGCUGUACGCCGGCUCCCUCGGCCAGUAAAGCGAAAUGAGCGCCGCAACCCCAGAGUCGGCCACGACUGGAGCUAAUGAUCAGGGGUUCCUUUACCUUUUCACCAUGACUCCACAUAUAUCAAACCUUUUGAUGUACAAAAUCCCCACCCCCACCCCUUCUAUGCGCUAUAAAAUGUUUCAUAAUGGCUCCUUGGCUUUUUUUACAGGACUUUGGCUUGAAAGUUUUCACGAGCACCAAGAUACACAAGCCUCAGAUAUGCCAAGCCCAAAGACAAAGUAAGAACUGGCACUGGGAUGAGGGGGCCGAACUGCAGUGAUGAUGAAAAUACGCUGGUCUUGCUAUGUAAAGCCCUGCGCAGCUUGAGACCAGGAUCUCUGAACGAUCACCUUGCCGUUUCUAUCACUGUUUUCCAGAUUUAAAGUUUCCGUUGUAUAUAUUUUAACUGUAGCUUGUUAAGGGUGCUGAGAGGUGGCCCCUAUUCCCCACCCAGACGUACAGUUCACAGGGAGGGGGAUGUAACAGUAAACCCCUCUUCACAGGGAACACUGGGAAGCUCUGCGAGGGGAAUAAGGAUGUCCUAACAAGUCUCAGAAUGCUUAACAAACUACACUUCCCAGGAGGCUGUGGGGUGGGGGUGGAGGCACCAUGGCUGUUUAAAGUGCUUUACGCAUAAACUAACAUGUUUUCAUAACCUUCCGGGACCUUAGGGUGAAGGGUAGGCAAUAAAUUAAAUCAAAAUAGCAACAUUCAUUACAAUCAUUAAGCAGUAUGAAUUAUAAAUUAAAUAAUUGAUAGUUAUCAGUAGUGGUACACUGGUACCUCGGUUUUCCAAUGUAAUCCAUUCCGGAAGACCGUUCAGCUUCUGAAACGUUCGAAAACUGAGACGCAAAGGGCAUUCUGCAAUUUCAAUUGAGAAAAUUGAGGAAAAAGCACUCAACGGAAUCCGUUCGACUUCCGAGGCACGUUCAAAAAUGGAAGCGUUUGCCUCUUGGUUCUCGGCGUUCAGCUUCCGAGAUGCUCGAAAAUCAAGGUACCAUUGUACUGAUCGUUUUGUUAGUUAAAAUUAUUUCUUAAUUUUUAUUUUAACACUGGGGGGUAGGCGCUAAGUAGUGGCACAGAAUGGCCAACAUGACUGAGUAGGGAGAAUGCCUCCGGUGCUUUUUAGCGGCGAUAAGCGUGCGCAAGUCACUGCGCAGUUCAGAAGUCGGAAGAGAGCUUGAGUGGAUAGCUGUGGGCAAUUUCCCCCUGAAAGUCUGGCAAUGUGUUUUGACACCAAUUAAUAAUGUAAAUAAUAUCCUCUCCUCUUAGGUUCCUUUGAACCUCAAGCUGGCUAUGAAUCAAGAUAUGGCCAGCCGGUGGCGUAUCUUAGUGGUGUUGGUGGUGGUGUCUUCCUCGAUUCCCCUGAAGCUACGAAGCCUGCCAGGAGUUUCUUCCCUGAGACGUGGCUGUGGCAACUGGUCGUAUUGGAGUAAGUGGUAUUAAGUAGUGGGUUGACAAAGCAGACGACACAGAGAUUUCUCCAAGUGGUUCUUUAUAGUAAGCUGGAACUGAACUGAACAGCAAACAGCUCAGCCGGCCUGCUUUUAUAGGCAGCUGGCUGUCAACAUUCUAACAAACACCCCAGGGUUUCCCGCCUAAAUUAACUGACGUGGACCUGAGUGAAAACUAUAUACACACCCUUCCCACCGAGAUAAGGCAUUAGUUACAAUCAUAGUGGUUCCGUUAUAUACAGCAAUACCCUUAUUGGUUUCAGUAAGGCACAUAAGCAUAUUAAUUGACCCUAUUCACCAUACAGUUUUACAUAUGCAGUUUGUCUGGUGAACAUAGUCUUUUAAAUAAGCUGGGCUCUUGGAAACCCUGCCGGACCGCCGAGGGCCAGUACCAGAGCCCGAUUCUGGCUGCAACUGUGGUGCGACCAAAUGUGGCGUUGAGCCCGAGUUCCCGGGCUCUGCUGCUGUUGAAGGAACCGCCGCGAGCGGACUCGGGGGACGGUCAGGCACGGCGGUGGUCUGAGUCUCUGGAGAGCCAGGCAGACCCACUGAAACGGCUCGGCUCGGCUCCAUGCCCUCAGUUUGUGAGGAAGAUGUAGGUGGAGCCUCGCCUUCCAUUAGCAACUGCUCUUUGAGCCUUGGGGAGAGAUGGGGACAAAUGAUGUGGCAGAGGGCAUAGGAAAAAGGUUUUCAGGCCCUAUACCCGCAGGUCUCAGGGAGGUUCACAGCAUAAAAAUCAAAAUACAGAAACCCCCUCCCCAACACCUUUUAAAAGGGCAUUGGAUGUCAAUCAGCUAUUAGACUAGCUCUUUAGCUACUAAGACACCAUCAGAUGUCAAUCAGCCAAAGAGGAAUGCCACCUUAGGGCAUGCCUAUUUUCACAGCAGGGUCAUACCGCCCAACCUACUCGGGCUCGCGCCUCCUUCCCCAAGCCCGGGAAGCGUUUGCCCAGCUUAGGGGAGGAGGGGCGAUGCUCUGACGGGGUCUGAGAGCCUCCUUCCCAAAGAAAAGGUGGUGGAACUGUGUUCCGGCGAAUUCCACCAGAAAAACCCCCCACUUCAUAUAGGUUCUCCAUCAAAGCAUAUACAGAGGUACCUCUGGAUGCGGACGGGAUCCGUUCCGGAGCCCCGUUCGCAUCCUGAGCAGAACACAACCCGUGUCUGUGGGUCGUGAUUCGCCACUUCUGCGCAUGUGCGUGACGUCAUUUUGAGCAUCUGCACAUGCGUGAGUGGCGAAACCCGGAAGUAACCCGUUCCAUUACUUCCGGGUCGCCGCGGAACGCAACCUGAAAAUGCUCAACCUGAAGCUACUUUAACCCGAGGUAUGACUGUUCUAUAAUUCCCACUACAUUAGUCUGACACGGUACCCCCAACAGCACCCUGGCUCUCUUGCAGCGGUAAACCCCUCCAGGGAGGCUACUUGAGUUCUCCCACCCACCCCAACCGCUUGUUGAAAGGUGCUGUUGUGAUCCACACUAACUCCCCCCUCUCUUUUGUUCACCGGUGUCCUUCAGCGGCGAUUACUCAGGUACAGGGGACCUCUUUGGCCACUCAGAGAAAGAGGGUGGCAUCGUUCCAGGAGAAGUGAUUAUGCCUGUGACCAUACCGGACACCAUCACGGAGUGGCAAGUGGGAGCUUUCUGCUUGUCAUCAGACCACGGCAUUGGCAUUGCCCCGGUCGCCACCGUCAACGCCUUCCAGUUGUUCUUCACUGAGGUCACCUUGCCCUACUCUGUGGUGAGGGGGGAAGCAUUCAUGAUGAAGGCCACUGCCUUCUCCUACCAGAAAAACAUGAUGAAGGUGAGGAAUCCCCAAACUUGUCUCCCGAUUUCGGGGACCAUCUUUCCUCUAUGCUUGUGGGCAUAGAGUAUAUAAUAAUAAUUGUGGUUGUUGUAAUCUGGAGGGUUUUUUGUAAAAAAUAUACAUGUAUAAUAAUAAUAAUAAUAAUAAUAAUAAUAAUAAUAAUAAUUUAUGUAUACCCCACCCAUCUGGCUGGGCUUCCCCAGCCACUCUGGGCGGCUUCCAACAAAAUAUUAAAAUACAGUAGUCUGUUAAACAUUAAAAGCUUCCCUAAACAGGGCUGCCUUCAGAUGUCUUCUAAAAGUCUGGUAGUUGUUGUUCUCUUUGACAUCUGGUGGGAGGGCGUUCCACAGGGCAGGUGCCACCACUGAGAAGGCCCUCUGCCUGGUUCCCUGUAGCUUUGCUUCUCACAGUGAGGGAACCGCCAGAAGGCCCUUGGCACUGGACCUCAGUGUCCAGGCAGAAUGAUGGGGGUGGAGACGCUCCUUUACAAACAAUCAACAAGCAAACUAAUAAAACAAUUUCCAUAAGUUCCCUUGGACUCCCCUCUCCCCUUUGUGGGUCCUUAUGUUAACUUUUUCUCUUGCAUCUUCCCUGUUAAUCCAAUUCUAUUAAAUCUCUGAUAAAACCACAGUCCAACAUUUGAGUGCAAGCGUUAUUCCAGUCCCGCUAAUAAUUUUGAUUGUUUACAAUGAUUUUUUUAGGUAAAUUACGUAUUUCCCCAUUCCUUUUUGAAAUUUUUGUCUUCCUGAUUCCUAAUUCUUCCAGUCAAUUUUGCCCUUUCUGCAUAGUCCAUCAGUUUAAUCUGCCAUUCUUCUCUAGUAGGUACUGCGCCUUCUUUGGGCUAAAAGUGUCCAGACAGCAGUAGUCCUAGGCAUGAAAAGUCUCUUCCAGUCACUUGGAAUAUCGGCACCUGCAAUUCCUAAAAGAAAAGCUUCUGUGUUUUUUUUUAGAAAAUGUUAUUUCAAACAUUUUUUAAAAAAAUCCAUUGUAUAUCAUCUCCCAAAAUUCUUUUACUACUUUACAAGUCCACCACAUAUGAUAGAAGGUGUCUUCUUUUUCCUUACAUUUCCAGCAUAUAUUUUUGUUAAUUUAUUAGGAAUUAAAUACUAUCAAGACAUCAUUUUCAUAUAACUUUAUUUCAAAGAAUAGCAUGCUGUAUACUUUAAAUCCCAAUUCCAUAACCUAUCCCAUGCUGCUAAUUGUAUAGGUAAAGGUAAAGGGACCCCUGACCAUUAGGUCCAGUCGUGGACGACUCUGGGGUUGCGCACUUAUCUCACUUUAUAGGCCGAGGGAGACGGUGUUUGUCUGUAGACAGCUUCUGGGUCAUGUGGCCAGCAUGACUAAUCCGAUUCUGGCGAACCAGAGCAGCGCAUGGAAACACCGUUUACCUUCCUGCCAGAGUGGUACCUAUUUAUCUACUUGCACUUUGACGUGCUUUUGAACUGCUAGGUUGGCAGGAGCAGGGACCGAGCAACGGGAGCUCACCCCAUCGCAGGGAUUCGAACAGCCGACCUUCUGAUCGGCAAGCCCCAGGCUCUGUGGUUUAGACCACAGUGCCACCCGCGUCCCUAAUUGUAUAUUAUAUCCAAAAUGCCUCACCCAUCACUGAUUUGACCUGUUCGCCUUUCGUAUGCCAUUCUAAUAAUAAUUUAUACAUUUUUGAAAAUAAUUUAGUCUUAUUUUCUGUCAGCUCCUUUUUAAAUUUAGAGGUUUCACUAAAGAAACCUUUCUUUUUGUCCAUCUUAAAUAUAUCAUUAAGUUGAUGGUAUUGUAAGCAAUCAGUUAGUAAUCCUCUUAUAUCUUCAAACCUCUUUAGUUUCAACUCAUGAUCUGCUUCCAUUAAUAGUUCUUUGAAAGAUGCCCAGUCAUUUCUCACGUUUAUUUUUCACCCAGAGAUAUCAUCUCCAGUGGGGAAAGCCACCGUGGUGUUUUUUGUUCUAAUAUUCCCUCCCCCCCAUACUUCAUAAACCACUUUCCUUACUACAUGGUUUAGGAAAGCUCUAUGUACUUUAACCUUCUCGUACCACAGAUACGCAUGCCAGCCAAAUCUGUUAUCUUGGGCUAGUCUGGUGUGAGAGAGUGAGAGAAUUUGUUAAGAGGAGUCAGUCAAACAGUUGAGAUAAUCAGUCAGAAGGUAUUAGGAAGGUAUAGGCCAGUAAAGAAACAAAAGUUAAGAUACUGACAGGAAUAUUAUCUGAGAAACCAUAAACUUGUUAAUGUUUGUAAAAUAAACUUGUUUUUUGGUUCACUUUUAACAACUGACUAGACUCAGUGUUUUACCAGAGAGUAACUGGUUGGUGGCAGCGGGGAAGCGAGCACAGUGGUGGCACAGGGAUCAAUAGACCGUUAAACGUCCGGGGACCCUUUGUGAUCACUACAAUGACCUUCAAGAUCUAAAACACAGAGGUGUGUCUGCCUCCUUCAUUGUACAGCUUUUGAAGUACAGCGAAGAUGCAGCCCUUUCCCCAGGCUUCUGGGCAGCUUUUAGGACCCACCUUGUUUUUAUGGCUCUAAGUGGUUUCAAAUUGUUUUCUAAUAUCAUUUUUAAUGCUGUAAUCCACUCUGAGACCUUAUGGGUCAUCUGACACCUCUCAUGGCUUUCCGAGUGUCAACUUGAUCUCUUCCUGCUCCUCCUUUGAAUUCUGUUUGUGGUGUUCUGCUUCCUUCCCACCGUAACUUCUUUCCGUCCACGGACAGGUCACGAUGUCUCUGGCUCCAUCCCCUGACUUUGAGGCCAUCCCUGUGGAGGAAGAGGCACCUUCUUGUCUGCCUGAAAAUGGGAGGAAAACCAUCUCCUGGUUGGUGACUCCCAAGUCUCUGGGUAAGCAGCAACGCUUCACAUCUUGGAUUUGGUGGACGGGGUGAUGGGGUGGUGGUGGUGAGGGUGAGGGUGAGAGGAAGAGGAGCAAGCCUGUCCCAUCCUCAUGUGGUAGGAAGACCAUCUUCCUUCACCUUGGAUCAGGGAUAUAGGUGGAUGGAGGGGACAUUAUGCCUAAAGCAGAGUACAGUGGUACCUCGGGUUAAGAACUUAAUUCAUUCCAGAGGUCCAUUCUUAAUGGUUCUUAACACUGAGGUCCAGUGCCGAGGGCCUUCUGGCGGUUCCCUCGCUGCGAGAAGUGAGGUUACAGGGAACCAGGCAGAGAGCCUUCUCGGUAGUGGCACCUGCCCUGUGGAAAGCCCUCCCAGCAGAUGUCAAGGAAAUAAACAACUAUUUUACUUUUUAAAGACAACUGAAGGCGGCCUUGUUUAUGGAAGUUUUUAAUGUCUGACGCUGUAUUGUUUUUAAUAUUUGGUUGGAAGCCGCCCAGAGGAAGCCCAGCCAGAUGGGCGGGGUAUUAAUAAUAAUAAUAAUAAUAGCAACUACUACUACUACUACUACUACCAGAGGCGUGCUUUUGCUAAUGGGGCCUGCCACUGCACUGCUGGCAGCGAUUUCCAUUCUUAUCCUGGGGCAAAGUUCUUAACCUGGAGCAACCACUUCCUGGUUAGCGGAGUUUGUAACCCAAAGCAUCUGUAACCGGAGGUACCACUGUAAUAAUAAUAUUUAUUUAUACAUACAUACAUACAUACAUACCCCGCCCAUCUGGCUGGGUUUCCCCAGCCACUCUGGGCGGCUUCCAACAAAAAAUUAAAAAUACAAUAAAACAUCAAACAUUAAAAACUACCCUAAACAGGGCUGCCUUCAGAUGACUUCUAAAAGUCAGAUAGUUGUUUAUUUCCUUGACAUCUGACGGGAGGGCGUUCCACAGGGUGGGUGCCACCACUGAGAAGGCCCUCUGCCUGGUUCCCUGUAACCUCACUUCUCUCAGGGAGGGAACUGCCAGAAGGUCCUUGGAGCUGGACCUCAGUGUCUGGACUAAACGAUGGGGGUGGAGAUGCUUCUUCGGUUAUACAGGGCCGAGGCCAUUGAGGGCUUUAAAGGUCAGCACCAUCACUUGGAAUUGUGCUCGGAAACAUACUGGGAGCCAAUGUAGGUCUUUCAGGACGGGUGUUAUACGGUCUCGGUGGCAUUCCUAGUCACCAGUCUAGCUGCUGCAUUCUGGAUUAGUUAGAGUUUCCGAGCCACCUUCAAAGGUAGCCCCACAUAGAGUGCAUUGCAGUAGUCCAAGCAGGAGAUAAACAGAGCAUGCACCACUCUGGCGAGGGAAGGUAGGGUCUCAGCCUGCGUACCAGAUGGAGCUGGUAGACAGCUGCCUUGGACACAGAAUUGACCUGCGCCUCCAUGGACAGCUGUGAGUCCAAAUUGACUCCCAGGCUGCGCACCUGCUCCUUCAGGGACACAGUUGCCCCAUUCAGGAUCAGGUAGUCUUCCACACCCACCCGCCCCCUGUCCCCCCAAAACAGUACUUCUGUCUUGUCAGGAUUCAUCCUCAAUCUGUUAGCUGCCAUCCAUCCUUGUGGUAUACACCACAAGCCACACCGUGUUCUCAGGCCACUCUAGAGACACCCUGGAGGCUGCCUGGAUGGUGGUGACACAUAACAGGGUCUUUUCAGUGGUUGCUCCCCAGUUCUGGAAUGCCCUCCACAACUGGUGCUCCUGUCGUCAUUAUUAUUAACUUUCAGGAGACAUUUGAAAACAUUUGUGUUUACCCAAGCAUUUGAUGGCUGAAGCAUACUGUUGUAAGCUGCUUUAGGAUUGUAAUAAUAAUAAUAAUAAUAAUAAUAAUAAUAAUAAUUCUGCCUUUUUCCAUGACAGGGACUCAAUGAGACAUACAGAUAAAACAGAAACAGCUAAAACAUAGGAGGAAAAAAAAACAAUAAUUAUAAAACAAUUAAACAUUAAUGGAAUUAAAACAAUAUUACAUAUAUAAAAGGUAAAGGUACCCCUGACCAUUAGGCCCAGUCGUGACCGACUCUGGGGUUGCGGCGCUCAUCUCGCUUUACUGGCCGAGGGAGCCAGCAUACAGCUUCUGGGUCAUGUGGCCAGCAUGACUAAGCAGCUUCUGGCGAACCAGAGCAGCUCACGGAAACGCCGUUUACCUUCCCGCCGGAGUGGUACCUAUUUAUCUACUUGCACUUUGAUGUGCUUUCGAACUGCUAGGUUGGCAGGAGCAGGGACUGAACAACGGGAGCUCAUCCCGCCGCGGGGAUUCGAACCGCCGACCUCCUGAUCGGCAAGUCCUAGGCUCUGUGGUUUAACUCACAGCGCCACCUGCGUCCCUCAUUGCAUAUAUAAAACAUUCAUAAAACAUAUGGAUAAUAACAAUAAAAAAAACGCAACUCCAGCCCUUUCGUUUAAAACAGUGUUGGUAUCAGGAAGUCUUCAAUAGUUGCCUAGGAAUAUUUUAAGACAGCUGAUGCUAAAUAGCUCCAUAAAUGGCUUGAGGAGAAGAAAAGGCUACAGAAAGAGAGAGAGAGAGAGAGAGAGAGAGAGAGAGAGAGAGAGAAAUGGGCAGGAUGACAAGAUGGACAUUUUUGUUCUAGGGGACGUGAACUUCACAGUCAGUGCCAAGGCCCAGCCCUGUGGGAAUGCAAUAGAGGUGGCGAAUAUCCAAGAACAGCAGGACACUGUGAUCAAAUCUGUUUUAGUGGAGGUAGGAGAGUUGCUUUGAUCUUGGUGAUGGUGGGGGCUUGCAUGCAUGUAAUUGCACAUAUUUAUGCUGGGAAAACGACACCUUAAAGAUGGCAAAGUCCUGCCUCAGGAGGUUACCCUCCAUGUCUUCCAAGAGCACAUGUGGGCUGCCUCGGGAGAUGAUGGACUUUCUUUCCCUGGAGGAUUUUAAGCAGAGGCUGGAUGGCCAUCUGCCAUGGAUGCUUUAGCUGAGAUUCUGGCUUGCUGGGGGUUGGACUAGAUGGGCCUCAGAGUCCCUUCCAACUCUACAACUCUGUGAUUGUAUGAUCAUACAGCCAGUGUGGUGUAGUGGUUAAGAGCGGUAGACUCGUAAUCUGGUGAACCGGGUUUGCGUCUCCACUCCUCCACAUGCAGCUGCUGGGUGACCUUGGGCCAAUCACACUUCUCUGAAGUCUCCCAGCGCCACUCACCUCACAGAGUGUUUGUUGUGGGGGAGGAAGGGAAAGGAGAAUGUUAGCCGCUUUGGGACUCCUUCGGGUACUGAUAAAGCAGGAUAUCAAAUCGAAACUCCUCCUCCUCCUCCUCCUCCUCUUCUUCUUCUUCUUGAGCAAUGAUGGUUGCAACCUCCUUUUGAUGCUUAAGGCAGUACAGUGUUCAACUAAAGAGUUGCACAGGUGCAAUGGGAAUGUCAUUAGUGCAAUGAGAUUCUCCCUCCCCCCUCUUCUCCUCCAUCCCCAAAUCUGCUCUGGGGGGAUUUAGCAGCAGACUGGGAGAGGAGAGGGGAAGAAUAUUAUAUCGCACAAAGAGAAAUCCUUGUGCAGACGGAUCAUUGAAAAUAGCCCUUAAGUUGAACGGAUUAUACCCAACUAACUCCUAAUUAGAGAAGACCUAUUACAGUUAAUGAACACAGGUUUGGUCAUGUCCAUUAACUUCAAUGGGCCCUGGCCACAUUCAUACCAUACAUUUAAAGUGUUACGAUGCCACUUUAAACAGCUCCAAAUAAGUUGAAGAGCUGUAGUUGGUUAGGCUGAGAGGAUGCUGAGAGUUGCUAGGAGUCCCCUAUUCCCCUUGCAGAGCUACAAAUCCCAUUGUGGUUUAAUAAUCAAUUCCUCUUCUGGGAAUUGUAGCUUUGUAAGGGGGGUAGAACUCCUUGCAACUCUCAGCAGAGUCCCUAACAACCUACAAUUUCUGGUAUCCUUUGGGUGAAGCCAUGACUCUUUAAAGGUGUGUGAUCCUGCUUCAAAUGUGUGGUGCAGAUGGGGCCUGUCCCCUGUCCCCCUCACACAAUGCAUUCAUUUAUUCUUCAAGUUUAGAUCUUAUUUCCUUCUCAAGGUAGGCAUUAACUAUUUUCGUUAUCUCCUCAGAGUCUCUCGUUCUAACCUUUCCCCUUUCCCAUUCUGUCUCCGCAAAGCCUGAAGGGAUUGAGAAAGACGUGGUCUUCAGCAGCCUCUUGUGUCCAGCUGGUAAGUGCCUGGUGGUAGGGCCUUCUGCAGAAAGCUCACACUAUUGGUGAGAUGACAGUGGCGAAGCUGAUCUACAGCCUGUUGCAGAUAUUAAUACUGUGACUCCUUUUGGAAGAAAUCAUUGUCCAGGCCCAUAAGAACAUUUUUUCAAUUUUUUACUUUCCAAAAUCAUCAGAAACAGAACAUAAGCAUCAAAAAUACAACCCAAAUAUCCAUACAAUGUCUUGUGCUGUCCAGCACAGGUUCUGCAUCUUACAAAAUAUACAAUAAUUCAAACAGACCUAGAAGCAGAGGUCUGUCUCUUCCCACAGCAUCCAUUUUUUGCCUGGAGCUGUUUUUCUCUCAGUCAGUGAGGGAUUUUUACAUGCCCUUACUUCACAAAGCCUUGAGACAAAAGACACAAAGGCAACUCCCUUCAAAACGGAUGUUUGCAACCCAAUACCUUCAUCACAUGAUCUAAGGUUACAACACACACAUGUUAGCUACCAGAGAACAACAAUCAGUUAGCUAAUUAUCUACUCCGCAAGAGCUCAGAGUGCUCUCCUUGGUUUUAAUAGAGCCCUAUGGAAAAUCUCCAUGUUAAACCUUCAGCAAUAUACAUUUAGCCAUUUUUCAUUUCUGUGUCAAUUAAACCAGUUAUACUUCACACGGCCUUCUAUCCCGAUCAGCUGGAUACUUCAUUGAAGAGGAAGGAGCUGGAGCAUCUGUAAGGGGCAUUUCAUGGUCUUUCAGAAACUGCCCAUGAGAUUGAUGGGCAAAGGCAUGAUCAAAACUCUCUCUUUCUCUCCUGCUUGCAGAAAAGUCACAAUCAUCAGCACCUAUAGCUUUAGCGCUGCCAGCCAAUGUGGUGGAGGGCUCAGCCAGGGCUUCAGUCUGUGCACUGGGUAAGUGGGGCAACCUUGGAGGGGCCCAUGCUAGGGCUCCGGUUACUCUUGUAACCCCCCCCCCAAAAAAAAACCAGGCCCAAGGAGGACUGAGCAUGCUCAAAGUUGUGUAACACUGAGGGCGCCUCUAUACUAGUUUCUGGUGGGAUUCAAACACUUACCUUCAAAUUCAGGUUGCUGUGCAAUUAUAGGUGAUUGGUAGGUCUCAUGUGCAGCAAACCUAGUUCCCCAAAAGAUCAGACUUAUUUGCGAUAAAUAAAAGUGACGCACUGGAAAGCACGGGAUGACAACUGCUUGGAUGCAGCAUAAUCUAACCUCCCCGAAAACAAAUCAGAACAAAUGCUCGUUCAAUGGCCAAGAUCACCUAACCUCCCUGAAAUCAAAUCAACAUGUGGAUGGUCAAUGAAGAGACAGACUGGAAGCACCCUGAGUGUCUGUUAGGGUGGGUAGGCGGGUGGGAGAAAAUGGGGGGGGGUGGAUGGCAAAUGGAGUGAAGUGUCUUGAAAAGGGGCUUGCUGGAAGCCUGGAUGGGAGCUCUCUGCACAAUUCCACUUGCCAGUCAAUAAUGAUGAUGAUGAUAAUAAUAAUAAUAAUAAUAAUAAUAAUAAUAAUAAUAAUAGUAAUAAUAAUAUAUUUAUUAUUUGUACCCCGCCCAUAUGGCUGGGUUUCCCCAGCCACUCUGGGCGGCUUCCAACAAAGAUUAAAAAUACAUUAAAAUGUCACACAUUAAAAACUACCCUGAACAGGGCUGCCUUCAGGUGCCUUCUAAAUGUCAGGUAGUUGUUUAUCUCUUUGACAUCUGGUGGGAGGGCAUUCAACAGGUCGGGUGCCACUACCGAGAAGGCCCUUUGCCUGGUUCCCUGUAACUUGGCUUCUCACAGCAAGGGAACCGCCAGAAGGCCCUCGGCACUGGACAUCAGCGUCCAGGCAGAACGAUGGGGGUGGAGACACUUCUUCAGGUAGACUGGGCUGAGGCCGUUUAGGGCUUUAAAGGUCAACACCAACACUUUGAAUUGUGCUCGGAAACAUAGCUUUCUUCCCAAUUCCAAACAGUGCCUGGCUUUUCCAUCUCCUCUCCUUGCAUACCCAAGCACCCCCCUGCCCUAUGGACUGCCUGAGUACAAUGAAUAACGAGACACGACAGUCAAAUCAGGGCCCAAUUUUAUCAACGACAGGUGUAAGAGGUAGCCACCCGCUUCUGACCAGCCUGCCGGAAGGACUUAAAUUUGGGAUGAACCAUAAGCAGAGGCUUGACAACCAUAUGUCAGGAGUGCUCUGGUGGUGUUUCCUGCUUGGCAGGGGGUUGGACUCGAUGGCCCUUGUGGUCUCUUCCAACUCUAUGAUUCUAGGAUUCUAUGAUUCUAAGUGAGGCAGUUCCUGACCUACAUCGAGGAAUAACCCGACCCCCCUGGAUUGCACCUGGGGAGUGCUGUGGCCCUAGUCCCCUUCUGGACGUCAAGACAGGAGCAUCUCUCCUAGAUCCCUUUAAUGGGAUAACCGCUUUUUCAGAGGGGCAGGCAGAGGCUACAACCUCCAAUCUGACCAAGACAAUGCCUACGCAAUGCCUAAACCACCACACAAGCAAAUGCUCACCAAAGCUCCAAAAUGUGGCCUGAUCUUUCCCCUCCCCUCUCUUUCUCUCCCUCACCUCCCCUUCUCAUACCACAUCCCAGGAGACAUCAUGGGAACAGCCAUAGAGAACCUCCACCAGCUUCUCCAGCUGCCCUACGGCUGUGGGGAACAGAACAUGGCCCGCUUUGUCCCCAACAUCUACAUCCUGCAGUACCUGAAUAACACAGGGCAGCUGACGGAAGAGGUCAAGUCCAAGGCCAUCGGAUACUUAGUGGCUGGUGAGGAAGACUCGUAGCUCUGUGGGGAAAAUUCUACUUUUGUUGUCUUCCUUGGAGCUUUGGGGUGGGCAGGGAAUGAAGUAUCUGGCAGCUUCUGUCACUUUCUCAUUUUCCCAAUCUAAAAUUCAGUUCUAUAUAUUUUGAAACAAUUUGCACUCUCUCGCUCUCAUUAAAAAUUUGUCAGCAUUUUCACGUGAAUGUCUCUAAAUCAGCCUUUCUCAACCUGCGGGUCCCCAGAUGUUGUUGAACUACAACUCCCAUCACCCCUAGCUUGCAAGGCCAGAGCUCAGGGAUGAUGGGAGUUGUAGUCCAACAACAUCUGGGGACCCACAGGUUGAGAACCGCUGCUCUAAAUAAUAUACCUAUAUGCAGUUUUUUGCAAUCAAUUUCCCUGAAUACAAUGCAUUUUUUGUAUGAUGCUUUCACUAAUAGCUUAUUUUUAUGCUCUCUCUCUCUCUGUCUGUCUGUCUUUCCCUGGCAGGACUCAAGGCAGCAUUUUUAUGAUUAAUUAUAUAAUUAACAAUUAUAUAGUAAUUCUAUACUUAAAAUAUAAUGCAUUUCUGCAAACAUUGAUUGGUGAACUGCAUUCCAAAAUUCAGAUACGUGCUAACUUUGAAGGGUUAUGCAUUCAUUUAUUUGAAGGGUUAUUGUCAGGUUCAGGGAACAGGCUUCCUCCCAGCUUUGGCAGCAGAUAAGCAGAACAAAGGGAAAGGAGUCUUCUUACCAGUUAGAACUUUCAUGAUCACAGCAAGAGAACAAAGAAUCCAUUUCCUAGGAAUGAAGGUGCUCCCAAUUAAGGGUUCCACCCACUUCCUCCCUAGUCACCCAUGUCACUACCGCGCCUUGUAACCACUGUGCUUUCUGUGCUGCCACCUUAUCAGCUCUUCUUGACCUUGGGCUGAGCAGAUGAAUGCUUUCCAGUGACAGUGAGUCUGUUAACUCUCUCCCUCCCGAUUCUUCUCCUCCUAGCUGUUCCCCAUCCAGUACUUCCCAGCUUCUGCCUUCUGAAGUAUGUCCCUCUGCAAACCACUGUUCCAAAUCUAUACAGCCCUCCUCAGCACGGUCCCUGACAGUUACUCAUUUAUUUUUAUAUCCCACCUUUCCUCAAAGGAGCUCAAGGUGGUGUACUUCCUCUUUCCUGCUUUACCCUCACAAUAACCUUGCGAGGCAGGUGACUUAAAGAAAAUGCAAUCCGUUGUGAAAUGUAGAGUACUGAAGAUAAUAAGACUGGAAGAAGAAAAAAGAAAAAACCCAAAACUAACAGCACCCAUCCAUUUUCAACUACAGCAUUAGUUGUUUCAUUUCUAGGGGCCAGAUUCAUCACGGGGGCUGUAAAUUCAGGGCAUCAUUUGAAGUCAAAUAAGCGUAAAGGGGAGUGAAAAAGAAAACCAUGAAACCUGACCUUUCAAACAGUGCGCAAGACCUUUAUUAAGCAAUAUGUUGCCUUGCCACUUCCUUCCCAAUGAGACACCUCCGUUGAAGUUAGGGUGAGAUGCAAAGGUAUUCCGACAGAUGAAAUUAAAAUUUCGCCUUCCAUUUUAGGCUACCAGCAGCAGCUGAACUACAAGCACUCUGAUGGCUCCUUCAGCACCUUUGGACAAAAUAACUGGGAGCCAGGAAACACCUGGUGAGAUUGACAGUGCCAGAGUCAUAAUUUCAGCGGGGUGUGUGUGUGUGUGUGUGUGUGUAUGGUGAGAUUUGGCAGGAUGUCUGAAAAGUUGCAGUAGUGAGGUAGGAAAGCUGUGGAAGGGGGAAUCCCAUCCGGCAACUUUGGGUUUCAGAUAGUACAUGGGUAGACAAGUGUAAAAAGCCCUGGACACAAAUAUUCAUGGCCCUCUAGUGGUUCAUUUACCAGAGGUACAGUCAUAACUUGUGUUGCAUCUGCUUCAUGUUGCAUCUUUUCGGGUUACGAACGUGUCAAACCCAGAACUCUUUACUUCCGGGUUUGCUGUGUGCUCACGCGCAGAAGCGGCGCUCUAGUUGUGGACUUUUUGGGGUGCAAACAGCACCCCAGAACAGAUCGAGUUUGCAACCAGAGGUACCACUGUAAUGUAUUUUGAGUUAACUCUGGAAGUGUGCAUUCGAUUCUGAUCAAAGAGCGCAAUAUACCAUAUUUUUCACUCCAUAAGACACACCUGUCCAUAAGACGCACCUAGUUUUUAGAGGAGGAAAACAAGAAAAAAAUAUUCUGAACGAAACAGUGGGUGUAUGAUUUUUGUGGUUCAUGCUGUGGCCACAGACAUGUGAUUUGAUGGUGAAUUUGGGAUGACCCAAUGCAAAAAUCCUGAGGAUCCAUGUGGAUCUGUGCUUUGUAACCACAUUUUUGCGCCAUUGCGGCCCCUUGCAACAGUGGGUGAGUGAUUUUUUUGGUGCAGGCUGUAGCCAUGGACAUGCUGUGCAAUCUGAUGGUGAAUUUGGGGUCACCCAAUGCAAAAAUCCUGUGGAUCCAUGGGCUUUUACCUCCCCCCUCCUAGGCAGCACCCUUUAUCGCUAGCCUCCCUUAUCUCUCUCUCAAUCCCUGACCGAUCAGCUGCUUCCUUUCAACACCCCCUUCCCUCUUGUUUGCCUUAGUAUCUUUUCCUUAGCUGGAGCAGUUUUUUGCUCCUCCUUUUCUUCGAUUUUCUCUCCUCAUUGCUUUAGUCUUCCUGUCUCCUCUCCUUGCCAGUUCGCUGUCUUUACCUCCCCCCUCCCAGGCAGCCUCCUUUAUUGCUAGCGACUCUUAUCUCCCUCCCUGAUCGCUUGCUGAUCAGCGGCUUUGUUUCAACACCCACUUUCCUCUUUCAAAAAAAAAAUAAAAAUGCAUUAUCUGCUUUUCGCCCCUGGGCAAUUGGGCUCCAGGGACCACACAUUCGCUCCAUAAGACGCAUAGACAUUUCCCCUUACUUUUUGUUGGGAUUUUUAUCUCACCAGCUGCUCAGCAAGUAGCACUAUGGUUGUUUAUAUCAUGUGAGUGUCUGAGAGCGUGAGACAGGAAGUCUCAGUGCUGCUGGAGGAUUGUUGGAAGUUAGUUUCACUUCUGAUUGUGAUGUCUGUUCUGUACUGCUGCUGAGAGAGAGCAGACAUGCUGGUGGAUUCUCUGUAUAUAUGGACUGGAAAUAAAGUAGUUUAUAGCUACUUGUUAAGGGUAUUGGGUGGUUGCUUGAGAGCAAUCAGGCAAGAUGCCUCACUGGUUUGUUCUGCUCCCCACGAUCUUUGGGGGCUCUCUGUAAUCCACCCACCCUUUCCCCUCUCGUCCCCGAGCCGAUGGCAGUUCCCUGACACUACUGAUUGUCUCUUUCUUCUGAAAUGAGAUGCCAGAAGACGAGUGUGCUCCUCUCAGGAGGGAAGGGUCACUUAUCACUGGUCUCUCUGGACUGAGGAAGAUUUACAGCCAGAGGGUGACCACCAGAGAGACGCCCUGGUGUCUUGGGAAGCUGGUGGCCUUCCUGGGCAUUUUUCCAACACUUUUUAGGAAGAAAAAAGUGCGUCUUAUGGAGCGAAAAAUACGGUAUACCAGGAGACUUAGUUUGGUCAGGCAGAGCUCCUGAGAAGGGUGACCAAGAGGAUAAAGCAAUCCAGAAACCAACCCUUAUGAGGAACGCUUGAGGAAGUUUGGUAUGUUUAGCCUGGAAAAAAGAGACUGAGAGAAGAUAGGAUAGCCAUCUUCAAAUAUCUCAAGGGCUGUCACAUGGAAGAUGGAGCAAGCUCGUUUUAUUGUGCUCUGGAGGGUAGGACUCAAACCAAGGGCUUCAAGUCCCAAGAAACACUGACUAAACACUAGGUGAAACUACGGUAAGAGCUGUUGGGCAGUGGAAUAGACUCCCUCUAAAUGUGGUGGGCGCUCUUUCAUAGGCGGUUUUAAAGCAGAGGUUAGAUGGCUACCUGCCAGGGAUGCUUUAAUUGAGAUUGCUGCAUUGCAGGGGGUUGGAAUAGAGGACCCUCAGGGGUCCCUUCCAACUCUAUGCUUCUUGAAAGCGGUAUGCAUCUACAUUGGCUCCCAGUAUGUUUCUGAGCACAAUUCAAAGUGUUGGUGCUGACCUUUAAAGCCCUAAAUGGCCUCAAAGGCCCAGUAUACCUGAAGGAACGUCUCCACCCGGACACUGAGGUCCAGCUCCGAGGGCCUUCUGGCCGUUCCCUCACUGCGAGAAGUGAGGUUACAGGGAACCAGGCAGAGGGCCUUCUCGGUGGUGGCGCCCGCCCUGUAGAACGCCCUCCCACCAUAUGUCAAAGAGAAGAGGACCCUCUUCUCUUAGGACCCUCGUACCUACGGGACCGCCUCUCCUGGUAUGUCCCACAGAGAAAUUUACGGUCUGCAAAUAAAAACAUCCUGAAGAUCCCAGGCCACAGAGAGGUUAGGCUGGCCUCAACUAGAGCCAGGGCUUUCUCGGCCGCGGCUCCAAUCUGGUGGAACGCUCUGUCACAAGAGACUAGGGCCCUGCGGGACCUGACAUCUUUCCGCAGGGCCUGCAAGACAGAGCUGUUCCACCAGGCCUUUGGUCAGGGCGCAGCCUGACCCCCUCCUCUGGCAAUCUGCACAGAAUUUUGCUUAAUGGUUGCCAUCAAUUUGAUUUUAAUUAAUUUUAUAAUGAAUGUUUUUAGAAUGUUGGAUUAUUUUGAUUUUUGUUAGCCGCCCUGAGCCCAGCUUCGGCUGGGGAGGGCGGGAUAUAAAUAAAAAUCUAUUAUUAUUAUUAUUAUUAAGAACAACUACCAGACUUUUAAAAGACAUCUGAAGGCAGCACUGUUUAGGAAAGCUUUUAAUGUUUAGCAGACCACUGUACAGUGGAUGCUCAGGUUGCAAACGUGAUCUGUGCGGGAUGCAAGUUCGCAACCCACAGCGUUCGCAACCUGCGCCUGCGUGUCUGCUCACACACGGGUUGCGAUUCAGCACAUGCGUGAUUGCCGAAACCCGGAAGUAACCCGUUCCAGUACUUCCUGAAGCAUCUGUAACCCGAGGUAUGACUGUAUUUUAAUACUUUGUUGGAAACUGCUCAGAGUGGCUGGGGAAACCCAGACAGAUGGGUGGGGUAUAAAUAAUAAAUUGUUGUUGUUGUUGUUUUGUUGUUGUAUAAUCAAGAACAAAAAAGCAUGCUGCAGUUUGUUUGCUUUGAUCGACUCUGCUCUGGGCUCACUUUCAGGCUGACAGCAUUUACACUUGUAUCCUUUGCCCGGACCAAGUCCAUCAUCUUUGUGGAAGAGAAGCACAUCAGCGAUGCUCAGGCCUUUCUGGCUUCCAGGCAGAAAGAGAAUGGCUGCUUCCAUAGCACCGGGACCCUCCUCAACAACGCCCUGAAGGUACAGAGGGUUGGAGGGAGACUCUAUGGUGAAACAUCAGCACAAUCAUAGGGCAAAACUUCUCAGCUUGUUUGGGUUAGCCUUUGGGACUUGGGGUUAAGUUGGAGAAACUCAUAGAAUCAUAGAGUUGGAAGAGACCACAAGGGCCAUCGAGUCCAACCCCCUGCCAAGCAGGAAACACCAUCAGAGCACUCCUGACAUAUGGUUGUCAAGCCUCUGCUUAAAGACCUCCAAAGAAGGAGACUCCACCACACUCCUUGGCAGCAAAUUCCACUGUCAAACAGCUCUUAGUGUCAGGAAGUUCUUCCUAAUGUUUAGGUGGAAUCUUCUUUCUUGUAGUUUGGAUCCAUUGCUCCGUGUCCGCUUCUCUGGAGCAGCAGAAAACAACCUUUCUCCCUCCUCUAUGUGACAUCCUUUUAUAUAUUUGAACAUGGCUAUCAUAUCACCCCUUAACCUCCUCUUCUCCAGGCUAAACAUGCCCAGCUCCCUUAGCCGUUCCUCAUAAGGCAUCGUUUCCAGGCCUUUGACCAUUUUGGUUGCCCUCCUCUGGACACGUUCCAGUUUGUCAGUGUCCUUCUUGAACUGUGGUGCCCAGAACUGGACACAGUACUCCAGGUGAGGUCUGACCAGAGCAGAAUACAGUGGCACUAUUACUUCCCUUGAUCUAGAUGCUAUACUCCUAAUGAUGCAGCCCAGAAUUGCAUUGGCUUUUUUAGCUGCCGCGUCACACUGUUGGCUCAUGUCAAGUUUGUGGUCAACCAAGACUCCUAGAUCCUUUUCACAUGUACUGCUCUCAAGCCAGGUGUCACCCAUCUUGUAUUUGUGCCUCUCAUUUUUUUGCCCAAGUGCAAUACUUUACAUUUCUCCCUGUUAAAAUUCAUCUUGUUUGUUUUGGCCCAGUUCUCUAAUCUGUCAAGGUCGUUUUGAAGUGUGAUCCUGUCCUCUGGGGUGUUAGCCACCCCUCCCAGUUUGGUGUCAUCUGCAAAUUUGAUCAGGAUGCCCUUGAGUCCAUCAUCCAAGUCGUUGAUAAAGAUGUUGAAUAAGACCGGGCCCAAGACAGAACCCUGUGGCACCCCACUAGUCACUCUUCUCCAGGAUGAAGAGGAACCAUUGAUGAGUACCCUUUGGGUUCGGUCAGUCAGCCAGUUACAAAUCCACUGAGUGGUAGCAUAGCAACUUGUUCUGUUUUGCUGAGUUUUACUUCCAUUUUUGGUCCUGAGCUUUCAGGGUGGGGAUUGCUCUAGAUAUUGCUGGAGCGACAAUCUUGCAACUUAGCAUUCCAACAGUUGUGGUGCAGCUUAGCUGCUGCCACAGCAAAUAAUAAUAAUAAUAUCAGUGCCCAGUGCAAGACACUGUGCCUUCUGAGGAAAGUGGGCUAUUCCUCUUUUCCCCGCUUCUUCUCACAAGCGUAUCUUUUAAAAAGCCUUUCUCAGUAUCAACCACCUGUGGCCCUGAGAUUUGCAGUUGAGGCCUUCAAUCACCAGGAGGUGUUCAGAGGGUGCUGACCCACGGCAGGGCCUUCUCAGUGGUGGUACCCUGUUUAUGGAAUUUAUUUCAUAAAAUGUAUAUACUGCUUGCUGUUGCUGGGAACCGUCUUGUCUUGGGAGACAAUGGAAGAAUGCGACUUCACAAUGGGGUGAAGUCAAAAUGCUGGAUUGUAAGAAAGAAAGAAAAACAUUUCAAAGUGGUUUACAAAAAGAAUGGUUUGUGCCUUCCUUCCUCUUUACUGAGUUUCAUGAGCGGUUGGAAAAUGUCCCUGUUUAUUCUUGCGUUUGAUGGCUGAAUGACACUGUUCCUGGCAACUCUUUCUUUCUUUCUUUCUUUCUUUCUUUCUUUCUUUCUUUCUUUCUUUCUUUCUUUCUAUGUUUUUGCCAUACUGGGCUCCUUUAGGAGGAAGGGUAGGAUAUAAAAUUCAGCAAUCAAUAAUGAAUAAUAUUUGGAAAGCAGUAGAUUGAUCUCGCCGAAGAAUUGAUGCUUUUGAAUUAUGGUGCUGGAGGAGACUCUUGAGAGUCCCAUGGACUGCAAGAAGAUCAAACCUUUCCAAUCUGAAGGAAAUCAGCCCUGAGUGCCCAUUGGAAGGACAGAUCGUGAAGCUGAGGCUCCAAUACUUUGGCCACUUCAUGAGAAGAGAAGACUCCCUGGAAAAGACCCUGAUGUUGGGAAAGAUGGAGGGCACAAGGAGAAGGGGACGACAGAGGACAAGAUGGUUGGACAGUGUUCUCGAAGCAACAAACAUGAGUCUGACCAAACUGUGGGAGGCAGUGGAAGACAGGGGUGCCUGGCGUGCUCUGGUCCAUGGGGUCACGAAGAGUCGGACACGACUAAACCACUAAACAACAACAACAACAGAUUGAUCUUGGGGUGGGGGGAGUUCCCUGGAGAUUGCAAAGGGCUUUCCUGUACCACAUGGGGGCUGAGCAAUUCCCAUCUUUUUUCUUACAGGGUGGGGUUGAUGAUGAGGUCACUCUGUCUGCCUAUAUCACCAUCACCUUCCUGGAGAUUCCUCUGCCUGUCACUGUAAGUAGCCAUCUUUCCCCUUCUGCAAGUCAUCAGGGACAACCAUUCAGGAUGGGUAGAGGGUAUUAUAGCCUGAGAUAACUUCCCAUGAAGCUAAACACUCUAGCAAAGGACCAAUAACCAAUCAAGCUCUUAUUGGGCCAAAGUCUUGAAUCCAUUUAGCCUAAUUCAGAAAAGGUUUUUCCAAAAUAAUUAGUCGACGGACUCUGCUUUUAAAUGUUACUUGCUUUUUAAAAAAAAUAUAGAUAGAUGUAAAGGUAAAGGUAAAGGUAAAAGGACCCCUAACCAUUAGGUCCAGUCGUGGCCGACUCUGGGGUUGCAGCGCUCAUCUCGCUUUACUGGCCGAGGGAGCCAGCGUACAGCUUCCGGGUCAUGUGGCCAGCAUGACUAAGCUGCAUCUGCCGAACCAGAGCAACGCACGGAAACACCAUUUACCUUCGCGCUGGAGCGGUACCUAUUUAUCUACUUGCACUUUGAUGUGCUUUCGAUCUGCUAGGUUGGCAGGAGCAGGGACCGAACAACGGGAGCUCACCCCGUCGCGGGGAUUCGAACUGCCGACCUUCUGAUCGGCAAGUCCUAGGCUCUUUGGUUUAACCUACAGUGCCACCCGUGUCCCAAUAGAUAGAUGUAGAUGUUGCUAUUAACCUAUUUGGGUUUUUUUAAAACAACAUAUUGUCGUACCUUGGAUCCUGAAUGACUUCAGCAUUUUGUUAGUGUUCCGGUUUGUGUCUGAUGGCUUCCGGUUGUGUUCCGAGGCUUCCGGUUGUGUGCAGGAAGCUCCUGCAGCCAAUCAGAAGCUGCGCCUUGGUUGUCCAACAUUUUCAGAAGUCAAAUGGAUUUCCAGAAUGGAUUCCUUUCGACAACCAAGGUACAACUAUAUAUAUUUAAAAACAAACAGGAUGCUGGGCAAGAUGGGCUCUGUUCUGGUCCAGCAUGCUCUUACGAGCCCUUUUGAGAGGGAUGUUACUGAAGCUGAGCCCAAUUCCCUAUUCGAGCUCCUUGGCGUGCUGAGAGUACAGUAUAUAUGGCUUGUGAAUUUGGCCAGAAAAGUAGAUUUUUCCCUGUUCCAGUCACACACAGAGAGAUGCUUCUAGAGGAGCAUCUCCACCCCCAUCGUUCUGCCCGGACACUGAGGUCCAGCUCCGAGGGCCUUCUGGCGGUUCCCUCCCUGUGAGAAGCAAAGUUACAGGGAACCAGGCAGAGGGGCUUCUCAGUAGUGGUGCCUGCCCUGUGGAAUGCCCUUCCAUCAGAUGUCAAGGAGAUAAACAACUCUCUGACUUUUAGAAGACAUCAGAAGACAGCACUGUUUAGGGAAGUUUUUAAUCCUUGAUGUUUUAUCGUGUUUUUAAUAUUCUGCUGGGAGCUGCACUGGGUGGCUGGGGAAACCCAGCCAGAUGGGUGGGGUAGAAAUAAUAAAUGAUGAUGAUGAUGAUGAAAGUAAUAAAGUGGCUUAUUAUACACACCUUGGGUAGAAAAGGUUUCCAGUUCUAACCUAACUAAUGCAGAGAAGACAAAGACAGCCAUGCUUUCUAACUGGGAAGAUAGAUCCCUCUCACCUUUAGGUCCAAAGAGAAGUGAGAUGAGCAGGAGGAAGCUGUAAACAGGAUGCAACUUAAGACAUUUCAGUAUAAACAUCAAAGCGUCAGGGAGGUCAGCAGAGAGGUUGAAGUUACAGGGAUAGUCUGGGAAUCUGGAGGUCUCUUUCUCGUUUCUUUUACCCCACACAAACCCAUCUCAAUGAACUGAGUUGCACCCAAACUUCCAGUGGUUGUGCUGAGACUUUGCUUUUCCCAGCAAUAUGUGGCCAGAAGGCCUGAUCCUGCCACUCAAGCCACCUCCAGUAGCCUCCUGUCAGGUCUCUGGAAAUGGCUGCAGUGGCUUGAGAGAAGUUUCUCCUUCCUUCUCUCCCCAGCACUCCGUGGUGCGCAACGCCCUGUUCUGUUUGGAGACGGCGACGCAGGCGAAAGAGAUCAACACUUACACCAAAGCCCUGCUGGCUUUCGCCUUUGCCUUGGCGGGGAAAGAGGACAAGAAGCAGGAAAUGCUGCGUUUGCUUGAUGGGGAAGCUGUGGCAGAAGGUGAGAGGCAACAUCUUUGCCUAAUAAUAAUAAUAAUAAUAAUAAUAAUUUAUUAUUUAUACCCCGCCCAUCUGGCUGGGCCUCCCCAGCCACUCUGGGCGGCUUCCAAAAAUAUAUUAAAAUACUGUAAUGCAUUAAACAUUAAAAGCUUCCCUAAACAGGGCUGCCUUCAGAUGUCUUCUAAAAGUCUGGUAGUUGUUCUUCUCUUUGACAUCUGGUGGGAGGGCGUUCCACAGGGAGGGCGCCACUACCAAGAAGGCCCUCUGCCUGGUUAUCUGAAGGAGUGCAGCCUUAUAUAAGUUUGAUACCUGUUUUAGAAAAUGCUUUUGGAGCCACUGGUAAGCCGCGUUUAUUAAAAUGCCUGUAGUGGUGCCAGGAUCGUUUGACUCGCAUGCUAAUUCACCUCUCCCUUUUUGAAGCUGAUGGCUCUCUUCACUGGCAGCGGCCUGGAAAGCAAGAGGCGGACGCUGACCUUCCAUUCCAUCGCUUGCCGCGUGCGCCUUCCGCAGAGGUGGAGAUGACAGCCUACGUCCUCCUAGCGUACCUGACCAAGCAGCCGGCGCCAUCGCAGGAAGAGCAGGCGAAAUGUGCCCGCAUUGUCAAGUGGCUCGUCAAGCAACAGAACCCCACUGGCGGAUUCUCUUCUACUCAGGUAAAGUUCCUCCCUCCCUUCCGGGGACCCAGGAGUGGAGGAUGUUGGGAGGGAGACAAUCAGGCUGUUUUGGUUCAUUAGAUACAAGGAGUCCCAUCAGGGCAAAAACUCCUCGGAAAGACAUAGGCCUAGAGAAAAAUAAAGGUCAGAGAAAGUUGAAAAUGUUGCUGAAGUUUAGGUUCCUUGGCUCUAGAUACAAGCUACUCAGACUCCAUAUUCUCACCAUAAUUCCCCGUCUUACCUUAGUCACAUGUUAAUUUAUCAUUAAUAGCUAUAUCCCAUGAGGGACGCGGGUGGCGCUGUGGGUUAAACCACAGAGCCUAGGACUUGCCGAUCAGAAGGUCGGCAGUUCGAAUCCCCACGGCGGGGUGAGCUCCCGUUGCUCAGUCCCUGCUCCUGCCCACCUAGCACGUCAAAGUGCAAGUAGAUAAAUAGGUACCACUCCGGCGCGAAGGUAAACGGCGUUUCCGUACGCUGCUCUGGUUGGCCAGAAGCGGCUUAGUCAGGCUGGCCACAUGACCCGGAAGCUGCACGCCAGCUCCCUCAGCCAAUAAAGCAAGAUGAGCGCCGCAACCCCAGAGUCAGCCACAACUGGACCUAAUGGACAGGGGACCCUUUACCCUUUACCUUUAGCUAUUUCCCACACCUCUUUAUACCAUUCUUCCAUUUUAUAUUCUGCUUGCCCCUUCUACUUCCUAGCUAUCAUAAUGCGUGUAGCUGUCAAUAAAUUGGUGAGCAAGUCCUUGGAUGUUUUUUUUAAGGAAAGGGAGUUUAACCAUGCUGUACUGUUUAUAUAAGUACAGCUGGAGAAUGUUGCAUCUGAGCCAAUAUCUUGGACCAAGAAGCCCUUCAAAGGGAGGGUUGUCCUCUUCCAGAGAAAGACACAUGGCUCACACUCCCCUCCCUGUGGUCUCUGUUGCAGGACACUGUGGUGGCGCUCCAGGCCCUCUCUCUGUAUGGGGCUUUAACCCACUCCAGAAGCAGCACAGGCACAGACUUGUCUGUGCACUCCGGAGCGAAUGCCCUGGGAACUUUCCAUGUGGACAACACCAACCGCCUGCUUCUCCAGUGCCGAUCUCUUCCCCAAGUGCCAGGAGACUACAAUGUUGAAGCGACAGGAGAUCGCUGUGUCUAUAUCCAGGUGGGUAAGUGCCCAGGCAGGGUACCUGGGAGAGACAGAACAUGUGAUGGUGUCAGGCUUCGAGGAAUCAGCUUCCUUCCCUGUGGCAGUAAAUAAGAAGAUCAAACGAAAGGAACGUCUUACCAGUUAGAUUCUUUAAUAAUCACAGUGAGAGACAAAGAUUGUGUCUCGAUAGAAUGGUGUUGCUCCCAAUUAAGGCUCACUCCCCCCUCCGUCCCAAUUAAUCUAUGUCACUCCUACGUCUUGUAAUCUGAGCUUAUACCCUCUGUGCUUUCUGUUCUGAGACUGUCUGAGCUGUUCUCGACCUUGGGGAGGGCGGUGGAAGAAUGCUGUCCAACAACUGUGAAUCUGUUGGCCCUCUCCCCCUUCUUCUAGCUGUUCCCCAUUCAGUAUUUCCCAGCUUCUGCCUUCUGAACUGUGCCCCUCUGCAAACCACUGUUCCAAAUCUACGUUGUCCUCCUAUUCCUGGGAAGAUUCAGGAUCAGGGGGAGGGGGUGGCUCCCACCAUUCCUCCUCAAUGCAGCCCACCACAGCAUGGUCACUGACAGAUGGUUUCCAAGCCACCAUGUAGUCCCAAGUCAUACGAGGGAAGAGAGUUCCUGGCUAAAGCAGAGCGUACCCUCUCUGCUUAGCUCACCCUUCUACUUUUUUUAAAAAAAAUCAUUUUUAUUGAUUUUCCAAUAAAAACAUCCAAUUAAUAUAUCCAAUCAUAAUACUCCAAUUAAAAUAAAAAAAGACCAAAUUAUAGUCCAGAUUAUAAUUAUUAAUUUUUCGGAGUUCCCCAUGGUCUGGAUCUCUGAAGCAUAUCUCCAAAUCUCAGUCCUGCCUCUCUUCGUUGUUUCCGUAUUUUCCACAUCUCGAUUUUAACGCUUUAUAUUUCUCUGUCCCUGAGUCCAGGAUUCUCGAUCAUGUCAAACAUCAUAUACUUUCAUCCCUCAAAUACAGCUUUAUUAGUAUAUAUUUUCCCAACUGUCUUUUUAUCAGCGCAGCUUGCUCUGGCUCCAUUCCAAUCUGGGAUGUUGUCCAAAUCUGUUAUCUGAAGUUUAAUGGCGCAGCAACUCCCAAUCAUUUGCUCCCCCUUCUACUUUUAAGAACUUUCUGCCACCAGAUUAUAGAAUUGUAGAGUUGCAAGAGACCCCGAGGGUUCUCUGGUUCAACCCUCUGCAAUGCAGGAAUCUCAACUAAAGCAUCUUCAGCAUUUAGCCGAGUUUCCUGCAUUGCAGGGGGUUGAAUUAGAUGGACCUUGCAGUCCCUUCCCACUCUACAAUUCUAUGAUCCAUGACAGAUGACCACCCAACUGUUUAAAAACCUCCAGGGUGUCCUGCUGCCAGAAACGCCUCACAUACCUGAGUGCUGUUUCCCUUCCAGACCACCUUGAAGUAUAACGUGCAUCCGCGCCCAGAGGACUCGCCUUUCAAGCUGGACGUGUACACAGUCCCUGAGUCUUGUGUUGGACCCAAAGCUCACAAAACGUUUGACGUUGCUGUAAAUGUCAGGUAAUCCCUUCACAAAGCCCACUCUGGUUAGCUAGCUGCAUCUGUACAGGAGCACAGCAUCUCUGGUCCUUGGUUCGGUUGAUACUUUGCUCUGUUUCUUGAACUGUCUUACAAAUUGUUUGAUAAUCAAGUUGUGUUGUUGUACUAUGUUCUGGGGUAGCUAGUGGAGUCCUAGCCAUUACACAAGGCCAGUUAUUCAUAAGGAUGAAGCGUAGUUUAAAAAUAUCCUUAAUAAUAAACCAGCCACUUGGAACAGGCCCCAUCUAAGCCCCUACAAACACUGUGGGGCAAACUAUGGUGGAAAUCUCUAUCUAUAUCUUUACAGUACAGUCAUACCUCAGGUUAAAUAUGCUUCAGGUUGAGCGUUUUCAGGUUACGCUCCAUGGCGCCCCGGAAGUAACGGAACACGUUACUUCUGGGUUUCACCGCUUGCACAUGCACAGACACUCAAAAUGACGUCACGCACAUGUGCGGAAGUGGCGAAACACGACCCGUGCAGACGCGUCUUAUGUUCUAUUCAGGAUGCGAACGGGGUUCCGGAACAGAUCCCGUUCACAUCCAGAGGUACCACUGUAUAUGUACUGUUGGAUCGUAAAAAAAAACCCCACUAAAUGAAACCUCAAAGCCAUUUACAAAAAUGAUAAAAUUAUCAAUUAGAGGAAUUAAUAAUUCCUCUAAUUACAGUGGUACCUCGCAAGACGAAUGCCUCGCAAGACGGAAAACUCGCAAGACGAAAGGGUUUUCUGUUUUUGAGUUGCUUCGCAAGACGAUUUUCUCUAUGGGCUUGCUUCGCAAGACGGAAACGUCUUGCAAGUUUGUUUCCUUUUUCUUAAAACCGUUAAUACAGUUGCGACUUGACUUCGAGGAGCAACUCAUAGCACGCAGUGUGCAUCUCCAUAGGGGCAUGAACGCGCGAAGGCGGGUUCUGAGGGAGAGGGAGCUUUGUUUCGGCGAAAAAUAGCAAGGCGUGCACACUUCCCUCCCCACAACUCCCAGUUAGGGAGGCCAGGCUCCGGGGCUCUUCGGACGGGGCUCCUUCCUUCUCCCCCCCCCCCAGCGCCCCGGCGGUGACAAGAGCGCCUGCCCGGGCCCUCCGGCGCUCGCCCUGCGAGGGGCGCCCCCUACCUGCAUCUCCGCGCUUUCCAACCCUGCGACGUUGACAGCUGCGGCAAGUUUGCCUCUCGGUGUGUGUGCGCGCGAGUGUGUGUUCUCCUCACCCCGCUCGAGUUAGUCCCGGCGCAGCGCAGGCAGCAGGUGAGUCGCCCUUUGGCAGCGCGGAAGGCGCCGGGCCAGGCAAGGUCAGCUCGGGAGCCACCGGGGACGCGCCCCCGCGCUCCUCUCCAACGGGCUGGAUGCACCCCUCUCCGCUCGCGCGCUUCUGGCUGGCUGGCCGGCUGCAGCAGCAACAGGGGCAAUAGGCAUCCACCGUCGCCGACGCUCCCUCCCUCCCUCCUGCCCGCGGCGGGCGGCUGGCUGGCUGGCGCUCUCGCUUUCUUUCGGGCUGCUGCUGCAGAAGGGAUUUUGCACCAGAUAACUUUUAGGCCGGUAGGAGUUUUGACUACCGCGGCGACAGCAGCAGCAGCAGCAAGACGGCGCCGACUGUAGUGCAAAGGGUCGGAGCAAGGCGAGCCGAACCGAUCCCGUGGCUCAGGCAGCAACCUCCGCCCCGCCUCCCCCUAAGCCCCGCGCCCGCCUCUCCCUCCCUCCCAAGCACCCCCCUUUUUUGAGGUUUUUGAAGACUUUGGUGAUUGGCUGCAGGAGCUUCCUGCACUAAAUCAGAAGCCGUGGAAGCUGUGUUGGACGUUCGGCUUCCAAAAAACGUUCACAAACUGGAACACUUCCGGGUUUGUGGCAUUUGGGAGCCAAAACAUUCGAGUCACAAGGCAUUCGAGAACCAGGGUAUGACUGUAAUAUGAAGAAAAAUUGUUUUGCAAAAAAAGUAUGCAUUAGGAAAGAUUGGAAUCAUAAAAUUUUGUGUUGGAAGAGACCCUGAGUCCAACGCUCUGCAAUGCAAUGCAGGAAUAUGCAGCUGUCCCAUAUGGGUAUCGAACCUGCAACCUUAGUAUUAUUGGCACCACGUUGUAACCAACUGAGCUAUGCAGGCUGCUCAGGGACCACGAGAAUCAUCUAGUCCAACUCCCUGAAAUGCAGGCAUCUUUUGCCCAAUGUGGGGCUCGAACUCACAACCAUGUUCAAAUAUAUAAAAGGCCAUGAUAGCCAUGUUCAAAUAUAUAAAAGGAUGUCACAUAGAGGAGGGAGAAAGGUUGUUUUCUGCUGCUCCAGAGAAGCGGACACGGAGCAAUGGAUCCAAACUACAAGAAAGAAGAUUCCACCUAAACAUUAGGAAGAACUUCCUGACAGUAAGAGCUGUUCGACAGUGGAAUUUGCUGCCAAGGAGUGUGGUGGAGUCUCCUUCUUUGGAGGUCUUUAAGCAGAGGCUUGACAACCAUAUGUCAGGAGUGCUCUGAUGGUGUUUCCUGCUUGGCAGGGGGUUGGACUCGAUGGCCCUUGUGGUCUCUUCCAACUCUAUGAUUCUAUGAUUCUAACCUUGAGAUUAAGAGUCUCAUGCUUCACCCAACUGAGCUAUCCUGGACAAGUAGAGCCAGGGGGGCCAGGAAAGAUUCCUACCUGAAACCCUGGAGAGACACUGUCCCUUGGUGUAGACAAUAUUGAGCUAGGUGGACCAAUGGUCUGAACUCAGUAUAAAACAACUUCCUAUAAAUAAAAAAAUGUGCCUAGUGGGAGAUAUUCACACUAGAAUACUGAUGAAUUUUCAUGAGGAUUUUAUUUUUUUAAUUUGCAAGCUGAUGUAGAAAUGUGGACAACUAAAUUGAGGAAAAACAAGAAACUGAAAAUGGACAUAUUCAUCCAUGCUUAACCAUAAUAAAAAACAUUGAAUUUGUAACCUGCCUUAAAAACACACGCACAAAUGUACAGAAGGCAACUGACAUAAAACUGACACACAGGACAAAAUGGUGUUCCUUUUUUAUCCAAUCAACAAGCCCAUUAUGGAGGUUUCCCUGACAAUUGGUGACUUCCGCAAGGACAAACAUUUUGUCUCCAGCUGCAACACAGUUGGGUCCCUUGCGUUGCUUUGCUUUGAAUGUACAGUGGUACCUCUGGGUGCGAACGGGAUUCGCCACUUCUGCGCAUGUGUGUGAUGUCAUUUUGCACAUCUGUGCAUGCGCAAGCAGCGAAACCCGGAAGUAACCCGUUCCAUUACUUCCGGGUCGCUGUGGGACGCAACCUGAAAACGUGUAACCUGAAGCAAACGUAACAUGAGGUAUGACAGUAUUAUAAGCCAGAUUGGGUGGCUGUGGGAGGUCUGGUGGUCAGGAAUGACAAGCAUUGGAGUUCUGGUGUGAGAAUUUUUUCCUUUCCCUCUUUGAUCUCUCAGUUACAUUGGCAAGUGGCCGACCUCUAACAUGGUGAUCCUUGAUGUGAAGAUGCUUUCAGGAUUCAUCCCGGUAAAAUCGUCCGUAAGACAGGUAAUGGCUGUUUGUGUGGCAGUGCCAAAACUCCCUUGGCUAUGUUGUUGUUGUUAGCAUCCGUCUGACUUGAGAGACAAUGCAGUGCACCUCUGGGGAUGAAGUCAAAUAGUUGCAUUAGCACAGGGGUCCCCAAACUAAGGUCCGUGGGCCAGAUAAGGCCCGAGGGACUCGUUUAUCCGGCCCAUAGUGACCCCCGCCACACCGCUGCCACCACCCGCUCUUACCAGCACUGCGCUGCGUGGCUGCCCACUUCCAGGUCAGAGGAGCACCAGAAAUAGCUUGUGCGCAUGGGCAAGCGUUAUUUGCGCAUGCACAAGCGUUAUUUGCUGUGCACAUCUGGUCGGACGAGGCCCAUGCACAUGUGCACAAGCUAUUUCCAGUGCUCCUCCGACCCGGAAGUGCGCCGGAAAUAGCGUGUGUGCAAGAGUAUGGGCACGUGCUCCCCCGCCCUCCGGCCUGCUACGCGAUCGGCGCUGGAGACACCGGCCUGAGGCGCAGUAAGUCUGCUGACCCCUGCAUUAGCAGCACCAAAGUGAUCUCCCUGAGGCGCAAGCCUGGGCAGUGUGUAUAGAGAUCCUGGGCUGCCCAGAAGACAAGAGCCCCUCUUGGCCUCGCAGAUGUGGUUCAAUGGAAAGCAGAGCAAUACAUUUGGCACCAGCUUGGAGUUGCAAGAAAGAAGGGCCUUUUCACUGGCUAGGUUCAAUUCUAAUCCUUCUAACCUCCUUUGGGGUUGGUUUGUGGGUUUGACAGAAGGAGAUAGGAUCUGCCCAUGCGAUGCCCACCUGGUGGAAACUCUAGCUCACAUGGCCCUUAACUGUAAAAUGUAUGAUGAUCUCUGCCAACAAUUUCUAAACCAUCUAUGUAUUCCGACAUGGAAACCAGAGAUGGAGGUUAAGCGCUUCUUAUUACAGGGAAGAGACCAGGAGCUCACCAAGACAGUAGAUAAGUUCCUCUAUUUGAUUUUUUUGUCGCCAAAGUAUGCUACAGGAUCCUGCCCUUGCUGGAAACCCUCAGAGAUGAGGUGGAUUGCUUGGCCCUUCUGCCCUUUGGUGGGUGACUGUGCCGUUGGGGUGGUGAAGAGAUUGCACUGGCCUAUCUAUUCUGAAUGUAUUCUGAAUGUUCUUAUGUGAUGCCAGUAAAGGGUACUUGACUUGAGUUGCCUGAAGGGGGUGUACUGUUCACUGUCCUCGCAGUGGCCAACCAGCUGUCUGUGGGAAAUCUGCAAGCAGGACCCAACCACAAGAGCGCCCUCCUCUGAUGUAGCUUCCAGCAACUGGUAUUCAGAAACAUUUUGCCCAAAGCCAUGGACACAAAGCAUAGCUGUCCUGGCCGGAAGCACUAACAGUAAUCCUUACACUAACAGGCACCUGAUUUCUUUCUUCUUUGGUGAUCACUCGUAGCCAAGUAAGAUUGUCUUCCAUAAACACGGUUUUAACAAUGAGUCCGUAAGUGUCUGUGGAGGCCAAUUCUGGAUCCACACGCCCUUCCACAGUGGGGACAUAGGUUUCCAGGCAGGAAUUAAUCACGGUGAGGGUUUGCCAAACGUGCCUUCCUCUUAGCACGUUUCUCCCCUUCAUCCUGACUUCGAGCGUCUUCAAAACCUAUGACACCUUUGGUAGAAGCUAUUCUCCAACUGGAGCGCUCGCAGGCCAGUGUUUCCCAGUUGUCAGUGUUUAUAUGAUUUUUUUAAAGAUUUGCCUUGAGAGGGUCUUUGAACCUCUUUUGUUGACCACCAGCAUUACGCUUUCCAUUUUUAAGUUUGGAAUAGAGUAGUUGCUUUGGAAUACGAUCAUCAGGCAUCCGCACAACAUGACCGGUCCAAUGAAGUUGAUGUUGAAGAAUCAUUGCUUGGACACUGGUGGUCUUUGCUUCUUCCAGUACAUUGGCAUUAGUUCACCUGUCUACCCAAGUGAUGUAAACACCUCCUUAAAGACCUAUUUAGGCAGGCAUUCACAGGCUCACAAGAUUCAUCACAUUGCUCUGUUUCGUUAUUUAUUGAUAUUUAUCAAAUGUUUUAUUGAUGGCCUCUCUGUUUUUACUUAUGUAUUUCUUUGUAUUUUUUGGAUUUGAGUGCUGCAUUUUGUUGGUGAUGUUGAUGAUGUUGGCAUUAGUUCACCUGUCUUCCCAGGUGAUGUGUAAAAUUGUUUGGAGACACCGUUGAUGGAAUCUUUCAAGGAGCUGGAGCUUGAUUUAGCACUAUGUUGAAUACAAUAUUUACACUCCAAGGGGCUUCAGGCAGAAGCAAUGAUGGUGGUUUGUCACAAUUACUCGGGAAUAAUAAAUCUCUCUCUUCUCCCCCCCCCCCCAUCCUCACCUCCAGCUAAUGGGUAAAGCACAGGUCAAACGGACAGAAGUGAGCACCAGCCACGUCCUUUUGUAUUUGGAGAAGGUGAGUGAGGAGAUGGGAAAGCAAGAAGUGCAUCCUUUGGGGAAUGCCAACAGCUAGAACCCUCUGCCUGCCUGAUGGCACACUCUUGCGAGGUCUUGCUUUGCUGGGUGUGUGAUAGCUUAUAACAGCUUAUCCAACCGGCUUGCCCACAGGUGGACAAUGUGACCCAGAGCCUAUCCUUCACGGUGGAGCAGGAUGUCCCUGUCCAGCACCUGAAGCCUGCCCUGGUGAAAGUCUAUGAUUACUAUGAAACAGGUAAGAAUGGGCUCUGGUACCACACUCGAGAGCCAGUGUGGUGUAGUGGUUAAGAGCGGUAGUCUCAUAAUCUGGGGAACCGGGUUCGCGUCUCCGCUCCUCCACAUGCAGCUGCUGGGUGACCUUGGGCUAGUCACACUUCUUUGAAGUCUCUCAGCCCCACUCACCUCACAGAGUGUUUGUUGUGGGGGAGGAAGGGAAAGGAGAAUGUUAGCCGCUUUGAGACUCCUUAAAAGGGAGUGAAAGGCGGGAUAUCAAAUCCAAAACUCUUCUCUCUCUCUUGGUACUACAGAACUGCUCAGUAUAUAGUAGCGUUACAAGCCACCCAAACUCUGAGCAGUGAGAGAUUACAGGGGUUCCAACCACUUCUCCAGGGUUCAGUUACCUUGGAAUGAAGGCCAGCACAUGCUGUAGUUUCUUUAAGAUAUGUUGUUUUCUCUACACACAUAUAUACAACCUAAGCCUAAGCUGGAGGGGCUCACAACAUUAAUCCCCCCACCCCCCAAAAAAUAUUGCUUCUCCAUCACUCAUAGCUUGGGAUCUAGCACAGAGCAAGCAUGUCUCUGUGUCUCCAUCUUCCAGCCAGCUUCCAGCCCAGUUCACAAACACCACACUGGCUAUUGUUCUCUUACUUAGGUGAAGUCCACCCAGAGGGCACGAUUAGUUAGUUGUAUCUCUCACAGCCUGCCUCAUUCUUUUGGGAUGCUGAGGAGGACACUUAAGUGGCCAGCUAAGUCAUUGUUUUACAAGCAGACUUGUUUGACUGGUUCAGCAAUAGAAUCCUCUAUUAGAGUCUAACUCCCACUGGGUACAGGACCCCAAGAUUUGGAAAAGACUCAGACUGACCUUCCGAACCCACAACAGUAUUGUCAUUAAGGUUCAUCUCACGCUUCUUAGUUAGCUCUCAAACUGCCUUCCCAAAAAAAACUGUAAAUCCGCCAUGUUGUUGUUGUUGUUUAGUCGUUUAGUCGUGUCCGACUCUCCAUGACCCCAUGGCCAUACAAAAGUAAUAGUUCUAAAUGUUCUAAAGCCAACCCACCGAAAAAAUCCACCAGACCAAAAAUCUGGUGGCAGUUGGCACUGAUGCAGGAAGUUGGAGGAGCCAGAGUCUUUCCUGACCAUCUUUCAUUGUAUUUCCAGGUGACAGUGCCAUUGCAAAGUACAGCACCCCCUGCAGUACAGGUAAAGUAUGAACAGAGAUUGCCUCUCACCAACCCUACAUGUGAAGCAGAUCGAAACCACAAAAGGCCUCUCUAGGCCAGCACCCAUAUUUCUUCUGUGUCCAACCCAGAUGCCUUUGUGGAGGCCCAUAAUCAGGACAUGAUUUAGGGUCCUGCACCAAAGUCUCUAACACUGGCAGCUACAUCAAACAAAAGAGGUAGUGGAAUGGAGGACUGGACUCCCAAUCUGCAGGAUGAGGGGUCCCCAACCUGGGCUGAUAGAGUUGGGAGAGGGACAUGAAAGGGGGACAAACUGUAAAUUCUCUGACUUAUGGGGUGGCUGGUCACCAUAUGGAUGUUCUGUCUCUGACCCCUAAAACAUCUUGGGCCAUUUCUGGUUGAAUGCUUGGCCAAAGGAGAUUCUUGUGCUUUCCCCUCCACUGCAGAUGACAUUAAACAGGGGAAUGCGUGAGGAAUGAAGCCCAUCACCCCCAGUAGACUCUGUUGGCAUCUUCCUUCCACCAUCAGACACAAGUGGACAGAGCAACCAGGACAGCAACACAGAGAGGGAAGCAUAUAUCCCGACACAGCCAACAAAAAUCUUCUCUGCUUUGCUUGCUUAUUCCACCAUUUGAAUAAGUCCUGUAUCCACCUUUUCUCAUUUUGAGAUCCUUUUCUACAUCUGCUACUACUUCCCUCUACUGGAUGAAAAAGAAAAUAAAAGGAAUCCAUUCAUUUCUUUUUAA